CAACGGAUUGGAUUGGGGCUUUGGAAGUGAAAAAGCAAGCGUGGGGCCCAUAAAAUAAUGUGAGCCAUACAUAAAAGAGUGCAUAUAUUCGCGGAGUAUGUACUAUAAAUCAGAAGAGUGAAGUGGAAUCGUGAAUUUGCUGAAAAAGAAAAAACUAAUUUGAAUCUUUUGUGAGAAUUUGUUCUUACAAAAAACAAACGCAAAAGGCAGCGUCCGUCUCUGUGUGUGAAUUGUGUGAUGCUUUACGGCCUAUAAGGUUACAGUUUGACGUGAUUAAAAAUAAAAGAAGUGGCUUAUUAUUUGCUUUUAAACAAAUUAAAGUUGAAUUGCGUGCUAGGAGGAGGAGAGGGAAAACUGAAGGCCAACCGCCGGGGGUUGGUUAAAAAGGGAAAAAUUAUCCUGUGAAAAUCCAUGCCCGAAAUGAGUGUGCGUGUUGCGUGAGAAAAAUCAAUUUUGGCAUUUUGAACGCAAGCCAGAACCCAGAACCAGGCAGAAACAACAGGCAACAAAAGGAAACGAAAGCAAAAAGGGCUUGUCCAAAUGAGAAUUUGCCAUAACAAAGGGAAUUUAACGAAAUCAAUGCUAUCAUGGCUGAUAGCACAGAUCCAGGCAAGGAUCCAACCAUAGAUGACGGUGGAGGCGGCGGUGCUGACGCGCCUCCAGUCCCAGCUGUUCGGCGUCGUCGUGCGCAUGAGCAUAAAUCCUCCUCAAGGGAGAAUGUUGAGGAGCAGGAACAGCUGGAGACAUCCACAGUGACGCGAACGUACAUGAAGACCAUAACCACAUCCUUGACAACGUCCAGCAGCAAUCUGGAGGAGGAAUAUGCCUCCAGCAGCAGCAGCAACCAAAACCAGCAGCGUUUGCGCCAGAAGGUGGCACAAUACGAAAAGAUCUGGUCGGAUGGGACAGCUGCCAGCGGAAAACGUACCGCUGAGGAGAGCUCCGAUGAGCUAAGACAAGAUUCGAACCAGGAUGAUGACCAGGAGAAUCCCUUUGACAUCGAUGUCCAUGAGAUUGAGCGACGGUUGCGUUUGGAGCGACAACGCGGUCUGGCCGAGGCGGAGGCAGCCAAGCUAGCCUUCCAGCAGGUCCAGCUGCGCCACACAACCCCCCCACCGCUGUCGUCGCAGCCACGUCGCGUUGAGGUGACCAGCGAGCAGACAGCCAGCCCGUUUAAUGUGACCUUGAGGACUACCAGUCGGAUGAGUCCCGGCGCCGAUCAGGGGAAUGUUGAGGAGCAGCUAUCGCCCUUUAAUGUGACGCUGCGUACGACCAACACGCGACGGCACUCAAAGAAGGUGGAACUGGAACGCUUUCUCGACGGCGAGCGAAUGGUGAGAGAGGUGCCCGCUGCAGAUGGGGUAAGGACCAUCAUUACCUCCUCGAUGACCAGCGAUGGGGGCUAUGCCGAGGAGAAAAUCUAUCGUCAUGGCGAGGGAUAUGUCUCUCCGCGUGACUCACCCUCGUGGUCGCGUUCGCAUUCCAGUUACUCCGGCAGUGAGAGGUCCAGUGUGACGCCACCGCGUAGCGUUGACUUGACCGCCGGCGGUAGAAGGAUACUGAUUAAGCUGGAGAAUGAAACCGAACUCGAACGGGGAGCAGCAGGAGCUGGGACCGAACUAAUCGACGAGACAGAUUCAAGUGCUGUGAAUCGUCAGCACCACUUUGGUGGCAGCCAGGACGUGACCAUGGCAACGGGCAACAUUGACAUUACCGUUGGUAGCAGCAACCCCCGCAGGCGUUUGUACCAACAAACAACUGUCCAGGUGGGUGGCAACGUGGCGGCACCGCCACAACAACAGAAACAGCAACAGCAACAGCAACGUCCCAGGGAACUGGCCCUCGAAACAGGAGGAACAAAGAAGAAGACAAUGCUAGUAACAUCCACGCCGAUUGGCACGAAGGAGCAACCGCAGGAACCAAUCAGUCCAGCUGCAACGUGCCAAUUGCGUGGUUCUUCAGCGGAAGAGCAACGGAAAAUUGUAAGCCACAAAACGAUAACCACCACCAGCAGCACUACGAAAUCGAAAUCCUCGACCUCCUCCUCCUUAUCCACGUCCACGUCGCGCAAAUUAAUCGAAGAUUCGCCGUCGCCGUCUGUUGGGAAUAUCUCGUUUACGGCCUCGCAAAUACGUCUUAGUCGCGAUAACUUAUCGAACGCCGGCGAUAUCAUCGAUAACGAUUCCGAUACCGAGGGCAGACCCGCCAGCAGCAUUGUGAUUGUGUCCACACCCUCGCGCUCAGUGACCCCAUCAACGCCCAGCACUACUCCGCACAACACGACAGCAGCCCACGCCCACGCUCUCAGCGGCAUUGGCACUUUCAGCAAGAGUCUGCGUCAGGACUAUCAGACUCAAGUACAGCAAAGUGGCAGCCGUGGGAGCAGCAGCAACGAAAACGAAUACCAGGAAUUCCAAUCCACUAUGGCGUCGAUCAAUUUCGCACGUAGCAAUUCCCAGUACGAUUGUCAUAUCAAGGAGAAACGAGAGGAGCAAGAACGUGUGCAGAAGAAGACAUUCACUAAUUGGAUUAAUUCAUACCUAUUGAAGCGUGUUCCACCGCUUCGUAUCGAUGAUUUAAUUAAUGAUUUACGCGAUGGCACAAAACUAAUUGCAUUGCUCGAAGUACUGUCCGGUGAACGAUUGCCCGUGGAGAAGGGCCGUGUACUGAGACGACCACAUUUCCUUAGCAAUGCCAAUACGGCCCUGCAAUUCUUGGCCAGCAAACGUAUCAAAUUAGUCAAUAUCAAUCCCGCAGAUCUGGUGGAUGGGAGACCACCAGUUGUGUUGGGUUUGAUAUGGACAAUCAUAUUGUACUUCCAGAUCGAGGAGAACAGCCGCAACCUAGAAUAUUUGGGUCAUGGUAUUGGUGGUUCGGUUAGCUCCCUCGACAGUGUUGGCAAUCAAAAGCAUGGCGACCUUAAGGCUGAGAAAUGGAAGCAGGGAGCCAGAAAAACGCUACUCAAUUGGGUGACAAAUGCCUUGCCAAAAGACAGUGGCGUGGAGGUGAAAGAUUUCGGCGCCAGCUGGAGAGAUGGCGUCGCUUUCCUAGCCUUGAUCGAUGCCAUCAAAGCGAAUUUGGUUAAUUUAGCAGAGCUAAAGAAGGCCAGCAAUCGUCAACGUUUGGAGACAGCUUUCGAUGUGGCCGAAAGCAAGUUGGGCAUUGCCAAACUAUUGGACGCUGAGGAUGUGGAUGUACCCAAGCCAGAUGAGAAGAGUAUCAUGACAUAUGUGGCACAAUUCUUGCACAAGUAUCCCGAACCAAAGGGUGCCUCACGCGAUCAAUCGCAUGUGCAGCAAGAGGCGGACGAGCUGCGUCGCUUCUUGGUGGAGAAGACCACCGAGUAUGAGCCCAUGGUCAUGCAGAGCUCUUUUCCACGUGAUUUUAGUGAAUAUCUGCUGGCACGUUCAGAGGUCGAUGCCCAUUUGUCGGCAUAUAACCGCCUGAAGCAAUUGAUUGAGAGCCAAAGCGGUUUCCUGCAGGUCUCACAUCAAUCGUGGAUGGAAAUCAAUGAGCUGUGGCAGCGCCUCCAAUACCAGAUGAUGUACUGGCUCUGGCUAUUGGAUGCCGAGCUGCCUGGAGAGUUCGGCAUCGUUGGAAAAUGGCUUGCCGAGGCCGAGAAAUUACUGAUGGACAAUGAGAUACCCAAUGCAAUGAAUGAGGAGACGGCUGCUGUGAUUAGUAGAAAGCUGGAAGAGCAUAAGCUCUUCUUUGCCGAUCUGCCGCGCAUUCUGGCCAUGUUCGAUAAUGCCAAACGGUCGCCCUUGGCCCAGCAGGUGCCUCUGGAACAGCUGCGGAAUAUGGAGCGACGCCUGCAAGAGGUGGGACCCAAGGCCGCUGAACGACGCAUCCGUUUGAAGUUCUUGGAGCACAAGUGCUGUCUGAUUGCGUUCCUCAAUCUCGUGGAGAACAAGAUGCGCGGCUGGACUGGAAAGUAUGGGCACGAGGAGAAGGUGGCCCAACAGCUGGAUCAGUACAAGAACUUUGUGUCGCGCAACAAGAUCUUCCAGGAGUUCCAGAAGGCCUUUGUGGACAUGCAACAGGUGGUGGAGGAGUACAAGCGCGAGGGCAAUGUACCGCGCAAGGACAUCAACGAGAUUGAUCGCUUCAUGUACGAGACGGAGGAGCGCUGGAAGCGCGUCUCCAUGGAGCUUAAGUGCUGCCAGAACUCGCUCGAAGAGGUGGUCAACUGUUGGCGGAGCUGGAACCAGCUGGCCCCCAGCUGCGAGGAGUGGCUACUGCUCGCCGAGCAGAAGGUCAAUCAAAGCGAAGACGAUCGCCUGGAGUUCUUCCAGGAUAUACCCGUGUGGAAGGACAAGUUUGAUGCUUUGGCCAGCUCGGCCAAUUAUUUGAUUGCCUCCUGCGAGGAACCCAUUGCCCAGCAGUUACGUCAGCGUCAUGGCACUCUGGCCGAGCGCUUUGAGCGUCUGUUUGCCAACACCAAGCAGUAUAUGCAUGCGGGUGACAUCAUACGCUCCCGCCAGGAGUACAAAUCGGGCAUUGAGCAGCUGUCCCGUUGGCUGCGAGGCGCCGAAAGUGUACUCGAUCAGCGUCAGGUGCUCGGCAACAGUGAGCAGAUCCGCCAGUAUGGCCAACAGCUGCAACAGUUGGCCAGCGAGAUCGAUGACAACGAAGAGCUGUUCAAGACAAUCAGCCGUAACUUCCAGGGACUCAUACAGGACUUGUCCCGCGACGAGGUGGACAAGAUGAUGAAGCUGCUCAAGCAGGAGAAGGAAUCCCUAGUGCGCAUACGUGCACAGCUGCCGGCAAAGCUGCAUCUCUUCCAUCAACUGCAGAUCCAACAGGAAUCAUUGGAGGCUGGCCAGAAGGAGAUCCAUCAGUGGCUAAGCGAGGCCGAACAGCUGCUGAGCACCCACAACCUCUCUGGCGGACGGGACUCGAUCAACGAGCAGCUGCACAAGCACAAAACAUAUUUCUCGCGCACCGUUUACUAUCGUUCCAUGUUGGAGAGCAAGAACAAGGUGUUCCAGAAUCUACUAAAGGCCGUGGCGUCGGAUGACAAGAUCGACACGGCGCCCGGCACCCAGCAAAUGCAGCAGCUAAACGAACGCUUCAACUAUGUGAUCCAGAAUGCCCAGCAAUGGGAGCAGCGGCUGGAUGCGGCCGCCGGUGGUUGGAGUAACUACAAGGAUAACGAACGUGUCGUGAGCGAGUGGCUCACCCAGGCCGAAUCCAUGCUAGUGGAAAAGCACAUCGAAUCAAAGACCACCAUCGAGACGCAGAAAUAUUUCUUUGAGCAGGUGAAUGAUCGCUGGAUGAACGACCUGGUGCAGUCCGCGCAGCAAUUGCUGAGCACUUUGCCCGCCCAGGAGCAGCCAGCGUUGGUGCAGAGCGUCGAACAGCUGCAAUCGCGCUGGAAGAAUGUCCUGUCCCAGGCACCGCUCCAUCUGCUGAAGCUGGAGUUCCGUUUGGACGAGAACGCCUUCUAUCAGUCGCUCAAGGAUGUGGAGAAGGAACUGCAGCUCGAGCAGCAGGCCCUCAACCGCAACGAAGAUGUGGACACCAUACUGCAGCGCAAUCAGCAGUUUUUGGUGCAACAGGAUGUGGUGCCACGGCUAGAGCGAUGCCUGCAGAACAUGCAACGCUUGGCACAGGCCCAUCGCCAGCAGCAGCCAGGGGACAUCUCUCUGGAUCAGGCCUACGACAAUGCCCAGGCCCAGUGGCAUUCGCUGUCCAACAAACUGGGGGAUAUGCGACAGACAUUGCAGCAGAUCCCAGCCCAAUGGCAGGGCUACCAUCAGAAGUUCAACGAGAUGAUCCAAUGGAUGAACACCGUCGACCAGAGCCUCAAGAAUAUUGUCAAUGAAGUGAAUACCAUGGAGGAGUUUGAAAAGGAGAAGGUCGUCUUCCAGAGAAUCUGUCAGGAUGCAGACAACAAGCGCGAGGACAUGAAGUGGCUGGUCAAAACCUUGGACUCUCUGCUCAGCUAUGCCACCGAAGAUGAGGCCAACAUGGAGCAGAAGAAACUGGAAGAUCUGAUUGCACGCUACAAGAACCUCAUACCGACCAUUGAGAUAACAAUGGUCAAGACGGAGGUGUUCUCCAAAUGCUACACGUACCGACGCGAGGUGCACGAGGUGGUGUGCCUGUUGAGCAAGGUCAAGGAUCAGACAGAAAAUAUACCGGCGCCGGACAGUCUGGAACGUGUGAAUCGUUUGAUUGAAGAGCAGCAGUAUGCCAUCAAUCAGCUGGAUCAUCAGCGGCCGCACAUCAUGUCGAUGCUACAGCGUGGCCGUGAUCUCAGCAAGGAUUUGCACGCCCCGGCAUUUGUCAAUGCCGAGGUCAAGAGUCUGGAGACGGGCUGGAACCAGGCCUACACACAGACCUCCGACAAGCUGCAGGCACUCAAGGGCACCCAGGCGGUGUGGAGUGAUUUUGUCGACCAGAAGAACGACAUCUUCUCCAUGCUGCAGACGGCCGAAACGGAGCUGCGUGCCCUAACGCCCCUGCAGACGGAUCCGAAGAAUGUCAGCCAGGAUCUAAAGUCGAAGCGGGAUCUGAAUGUGCAACUGCAGCAGGCCUCGCAUCAGCUGUUGCCCAAGCUGCAUGCUCUCAAGUCGGAACUGGCACCGUUGGCUGCCGCCGACAAGCGUCCCAUACUGGAGAAGGAGGUCACCGAAGUGGAGAAGAUGUUCUUCAAUACGAUGGAGCAUGUCAAGGAUCGCGUUGGCUAUCUGGAGGACUACAGUGCCAAGUGGAACAACUACAAGACGCGUCUCGCUGAGCUACAGGAAUGGGCCAACAAGGUGGCGCCCAAGAACAUCGAAGCGCUGCAGUCAGAGGACCUCACACCCGAAGAGCGUGUGGUCAAGGUGCAGGGCUUCAAGCGCGUCCUUGGGGAGCGCAUGAAGCAGCUGGAUCUACUGGCCGCCGAUGCCUCCGAACUGGCACCGAAAGAGGGCAACAUUGCCGAAGCGAAACGUCUAAAGGGUGAGAUCUCCAAGCUUCAGGAGGUGCUCAGUGCGAUCAAUCGCAAUGUGGACCAUCAGGCACAGGCCGUGCAAGAGGAUCUACUCAACUGGCAGCAAUUCCAGGCCGGCCUACAGCAGAUCAAGCCCGCGGUGGAGCAAAGCGAAGUGAAGGUAAAUAAUGUAGUUUCUAAACCCCAGACCCUUGAAGAAGCCGUUGCCAUGCAACAAAAUGCCCAACAAUUUGAAUCACAAUGCCAGGAGCAAUUGGACAAGCUCCAUGGCAUCUCGAACAUCAGUCAUAAAAUGUUGUGUAAAACGAAUGCCCCCGACGAACUGGAUGCCAUGCACUCCCGUUGGUCCGCCGUUCAUGAGAAUGCCAAGCAGGCGAGUGCCAAGCUCGAAAAGUUGGUUGCCAACUGGAAGUCCUUUGAUGGCGAUGCGGCCAAGCUGGAGGAUUGGAUUGGCCAGGGCGAAAAGCAGAUGGCCAAGCGUCCGGCUGUGCUGAAUACACCGCACAUUGACAAACUGGAGAAGGAGCUGGUCAAAUUGAAGUCUUUCAAUAAUGAGAUCUCUCAGCAGCAGGCCAAGCUGGUGGCCCUGGGACAGAAUGCCGAUCAGAUAAGUCUCCAUUUGGCGCCCGAGGGGGCUGCUGCUCUGAAAGAUCGCGUGAACCAGAUGAAGGGUAAACUGCAAAAGCUAUCGGAGGCCACAAGGGGUAACAUCAAUGAGGUCUCCGAUGCCAUUAUCUCACGGCAGGACUUUAACGCGAAGCUCGUGAACUUUUCCAAUUGGAUGGAACAGCUAAGGAAUCAGGUCACACAGGUCGAGGAAAUCAAUCCGGAGCGUGUGGAGACGAGCCUGCAUGUGAUCCAUGCUCUGAUGCAGGAGCAUGCGGACAAGAAGCCCAGCUUCAAUGCCAUCUACGAUGAGGUCAAACAACUGGCUUUGGGUGCCACACCAGAGGAAACGAAUGCCUUGAAUGAUGCCUAUACCGCUCUGGUGGUUAAUUAUCAGAAUUUAGAGACGAAUAUGCAGCAAAAGAAGGCAGCCCUGGAGAAAUGGACAGAGCUUUUGGGUUGGAAGAACGACACGGAAUCGCAUUUGAAUUAUUUGAAGCACCAGUUGGACAAGCCCGAGGGACCCGCUGCGGAAGAGUUGGGCAAGGUUAUCCAAGAAAUUGAUUCUUUGGGUCAAGGCAUUAGCUAUUGGAAGGGGCAGGCCAAGGAGAUCGAUGAGAAUCCUGCCAUCCAGCUGCGUGAUGCCCUGUCGCGUCGUCCACUGAUUGCCACACAAAUUGUCAACGAUGUGGAGAACAAAUUGGAGAAUCUGAAGCUGCGUUCGCAGAACCAACAGCAGCAGUUGCAGCAGAUGACUGUCCGCAAGGAUAAGUUCCAUGCUUUGGAGCACAAUUUUGGUCAGUCGCUGCAGGAAAAUCGCGACAAGCUGCAGGCGAUACUACGACAGCAGCCUACACUCAAUAACAUUGAUCAGAUCAUAGCCGAUUUGGUGGCCCUCAACGAGGCACUGAAGUAUCAGGCGGAUCUGAAGAAUCGCAUACAUGAUGAGGGUUCGCUGCUGAUGCGCGAGGAUAUAGCCAGCAUGCCGGCCAUCCAAGAGAGUCUUUUGGUAAUGGACAAGAACUAUGAUUCGCUGCAGAAUGAAAUAGCCGAACGCAUACAGAAAUACAAUCUGAUUAGUCAGGCCUUGAGGGAGUAUGCUGAAUCCAAGGAUAAGUUCUCCAAAGAGCUAAAGAAAGCCGAAGAUCUGUUUAAUGCCAUACCACAGCAGCCACGCGACGAAACGGAGCUGCAACAGGCCUCGGAGAAGACACGCAAGACUCUGGAGCAACUAAGGAAAUCCAAGCUAAGUCUCGACGAACUCGAGCGACGUGGCAAUAAUGUGGGAAAACUAUUUAGUGCCAUUGGCGAGCCCAUACCCCAGGAGGUCCCUCAGGAGGUUAUGGCUGCCAAACAGCAGUGGCAGGACCUGCACGACAAGACGGCCAAGAAUGCGCAUGUCUAUGAAACGGAAGCGGUUAUUUGGUCACAAAUUGAAGAUGCCAAAAAGGAUCUGCUGCCCUGGUUAAACGAAACCAAUCAGGGACUUUGCGAUGCGGCAGAUAAUUCCAUAGAAAUUGAGUUUGCACCAAUGCGACUCAGUAAAUAUCGUACGGAAUUGCCUUCAUAUCAGGCUUUGAAGGAUACCAUUGCAGAGAAAAGCAAGGAUUUGGGUGGAGACAUACCCGCUCUGAGGGCACUCAAUCAACUUUUGGAUGAACAGUUUGCAGAGGUAUCCAACAAUGCUGAACGUUUGAGUGCUAUUACCACAUCGUUCAAUGAUCAAGAACAAGAGCUGCGCAGGCGCUCAAAGGUGGCAGGGGAACAGGUCAGUAAGCUGCGCGAACAGCUCAUCAAGUGCGACGACAUGUCAGGGGAUAAUAACAAGAUCAUGGAGCGUCUACUGCAAUGUCGUGCUUUGCGUAAAGAUCUAGAUGAAAGUGGCAACGAGAUUGACAAUAUCAAGCAAAAGGUGGACGAACUACGCAAUCUGUAUCCCACAUUCAGUGAGUCCAUCAUCCCCAAAGAACUAAACAACGUACAGAAACGCUAUGAAGGCGUCGAUUUGUAUGGCAAAAAGAUUGAGAGCUCGUUGCUGCAGUUCCUCAAGAAGUUCCAUGCGGACAGGGUGGGCAUGCUGAAGCGUAUCAUAGCUACGCAACGCGAAAAGGUGGCCUGGUGUCAACCAGAAUCAUCGAGUGAUAAAUACAAUCUGGAUGUAAAGAAAUCCUCGUUACAGGAGGUCGGCAAGAGCAUAGACGAGUGCAAGGCCAGACAUGCCGAGACUUUGAAAUCUCUGGAAAUGCUGAAGGCUGUGGAGUCCCCACAGAACCUAAAGGAACUCACAAACGAUGCACAGCUUCUGGACAAUGAUAUGAAGGCCUUGCAGGAUAGCUUUGACCAGAUCAAGGGCAUACUCGAUGAGAAUGUGGAUCUGUGGUCCCAAUACGAGCAAUCGAAUGAGCAAAUAUCAAACUGGUUGCGUGAUGUGGAGGGACGCGUCAAAGCGGAGACCAGCAGUCAAGUGAAUCUUCCAGAAGUGCCACAGAAACUGCAGGAGCUGGCCAUCCUACAGCAGGACGUAUUGGCCCAUGAGCCUAUUAUCCAAGGGCUAGAGCAGACCUCCCAGCAAUUGAUUGAAAAGAAUCCCGAAGCAAGGAUUGGACAAUUUGUGCAGCAUCUGGUGCAGCGAUAUCAGGCUGUAAACAAGAGUCUCAAUGGAUACAUUGACAAGAUACGCAGUGCACAGUUAUCCAACACAAACUUUGCCAAGGCCUCGAAGGACUUUAAUGAAUGGCAGAGCGAUGCCAAGAUUGAAUUCCAAGAAUUGGCACGAAUGGGCUCUCCCGGCUCCUCUUCGGCCACGGCCCAACAGCUGCAGACAAUCAAAAACUACAUCAAGACGCUGGAUAAUGGUCAGAUAUUGUUGAAUAAUGCCGUGGAUAUAGGAGAGAACUUGUAUCCCGUGGUGUCCCCUGAGAAUCGUGAACGUAUACGCGCGGAUCUGCGACAAAUGAGAGAAAAGUUUGACUAUCUGCGAGACGAGGCGAAUGCGUUGAUGCAACAGGUUGAGGGUGUGCUCAUACAAAAGACCUCCAUCGAGGAGAGCUACACCCAAGUCUCGCACUAUCUGAAUGAAUCGAGGGCAAAGGUUACAGCUGGGGAUGAACUGUAUCCCACUUUGGCCACGAAAAAGGCGGCCCUGCAGAACUAUAAAACGCAACUUCAAGAGAUUACGCUGCACAAGAAUGCCUUGAAGCAGUUGCACGACAAGGCGGUGACCCUGUGCGAUGAUGAGUCCGAAAGAAAGACAGAUGAGUCCAUCCAGGAGUAUAAUACGCUGUCCAAAAAGAUCUCCGAUCGUAUCGCUACUGUGUCCAAUCAAGUGACCAAACAUGAGGCCUACGAUCAGGUACUGGAAAAGGCUCAGGACUGGUUGAAUACGAUCAAAUCGGAGGCCAUAGACAUCCUCAAUGAGACCACGUUUGAGAAGGAGGGAGCCGAAGAGAAGCUGAUUGUUGUGGAGAAUUUAUUGCAGCAUAAACCCGAAGGAGAUUCGAUCUUUGCGACGUGCCACAAGCUGCUGGAAACUGUACUUAAGCAGACACAUCCCAACGGACAUCCUGCCUUGCUGAAGGGCUUCGAGGAGCCAAAGAAUGCGUGGGAGGAGUUUAUGAUACUGUGUGAGGAUUCGCUGGUAAAACUCAAGCAACUCUGCUCGAAAUGGGAUGAGUUUGAUUCGACUAUCGAAGAUUUAGACAACUGGAUGAAAAAUGUGGAAGGUGUCGUCAAGAACCAGAACCUCAAGAGCACGGCGGAGGCAAAGAGUGCACAUCUGAAGCAACUUCAGGACAUAUCUAAGGACAUUGAACGUCGUGGCUCGGCUAUCAAUGAGCUGAUGGAUCAGGGUCGAGAAAUCGAAGGCGAAACCGAUUUGAAUCUAAAACUCUCGCGCUUAAACACACGCUAUCAGACCCUCAAAAACCUGUGCAAGGAAUCGAUAGCAAAAUAUGUGAAUUAUGUGAAAGAUCACGAGAGUUUCGACCAGGAUUUCGAAUCGUUCAAAGAGAGCUUGCAGUCUUCGGUGAAUGAUUUGUCGAAGGCCAAUGAAAUCACUGGCGAUCAGAGUGUACUCCAGGAGCAGCAGAAUAAACUGCGCGAGAUGUCGGAUAAACGUAUUUCCGACUCUACUCUGUUUGAGGGUCUCAUAGAUCGCGGGGAGAAGCUGUACGGACACACCAGUCCAGAGGGUCGUGAGAUUAUACGCCAACAGUUACGCUCUUUGCGCACCCUGUGGGAUAACUACACGGACGAUUUGAAUGCGGCCACCCAAAAGAUUGAUCAAUGUCUGUUGCAGUUUAACGAAUUUAGUAUUGCCCAGGAUCAGUUGACUAAAUGGUUGAAGGAUGUGGAUAAGGCCAUGCAGAGCCAUACGGAGCCAAAGACCACGUUGCAAGAGAAGCGUGCCCAGUUGCAGAAUCAUAAGCUGUUGCACCAGGAGAUCACCACACACAAUGUCCUGGUGGAUAAUGUGUGCGACAAGGCACAGUUACUCAUUGAUCAAAUCAAGGAUAACUCUUUGAAUAUCUAUCUGCAUUCGAUUAAGGAAUUGUUUCAGAAUAUUGUCCAAAAGUCUGAUGUGAUCUUGCACAAUCUAGAGGAUUGUGUGCAGAGGCACAACGAUCUGAACAAUGGUCUGGCCUCGGCCAAGACAUGGAUAUCGAAUGAGAAGGCCAAGCUUUUGGAAUGUGACGAUGCCUAUGGCGAGAAGGCGGACAUUAAGCGAAAGAUCGAAACCCUGGGACAACUGGCGCAAAACAAACCGCAAGCCAUGAAAUUGAUCAGCGAUAUACGUCUGCAAUUCGACAAAGUAAAGCCCACAACCUCAGAGAAAGGCAACGAAGUCUUGGAUAAGGAAAUAGAUGAACUAGAGACCACCUUGAAGUCCCAUUUUGAUGACAUCGAGGGCAUAGAGGGCAAACAAAAGGAUGUCCUCGCCCAGUGGGACAAGUUUGAGAAGACCCUCGAGGAUCUGACCAAAUGGUGUCGCAAUGCCGAGGCCGUGUUCCGCGAGCAGCAGCUACAGUCGACGCUGCACGAAAAGGUCGAACAGUUGGAGAAAUACAAGAUCCAACGAGAAUUGAUAAUCCAGAAGGAGCGAGAAAUUGAUGCCUUUGGCGAUGCCGCCCAUUCGCUGCUCAACAACUGUGGGGCCGAUCGUUUGAAAACCCUGACCACACAGAUCACGAAUCGUUAUCAAUUGCUGCAGGUGUUGAGCAAGGAAGUAGUCAAUCGUUGGUCGAAUCUUGUGGAUGAUCAUCAGUUCUAUCAGGACAAGUAUAAUGAGGUGGAUCUGUGGCUGCAGCCAAUUGAAAUGCAAUUGGAGAAGGUGCUGCUCAAGGAUGAACAGGAGCAUAACAUAUUGCAGGUACUUCUAUCCGAAAAGGAGCAGGCAGAGAAUCUAUUUGGUGCAUUGAAUGCUGCUGGAGAGAAGGCUUUGCCGGAGACUUCGACUCAGGGCAGAGAGAAGAUCAGAAAGGACCUGCGUGACAUACGCGAUCGCUGGGACAAACUGGACGAGGGCAUACGCAAUCUGGAGAAACGCCAAGAGGCCCAGACCGUCCAACUGUCCAGCUAUCAGGAUAUCCUCAAUCAAACUGUCAACUGGUUGGAUCAAGUGGAAAAGCUUCUAAACAAUGAAAGCCCCUCCACGUGGACGAGUGCCCAGGAGAUACGCUCCAAGCUGUACAAAUACAAGGCCACCAAUCAGGACAUCAACUCGCACAAACGCAUCGUGGAGGCUGUCAACGAAAAGGCAGCUGCCCUGCUAGGAAGUUCUGCACCUCCUAAUGCGGAUGACAUAGCCCAAGCGGUGACCGAAGUGAACAAACGCUACGAUCAGGUGGGACAGCAGUGUGCCCAGCUGGUCUCCGAUCUGGAUGCGGCCUUUGAAGUAUACCAACAGUUCAGCGAACUCCAAAAGGCCCAACAGGACUACCAGAAGAAUCUCUGGGAUCGUCUCACUGGCUACUCUGAUUACUCCGGCAACAAGGCAGCCCUGCAGGCGCGUCUCCAGAAGAUCAAUGAGAUCCAGGAUGCCCUGCCCGAGGGUGUGGCCAAACUGAAAUCUUUGGAAGAACACAUUCAAGCAAAUGCCAGUAAUAUACCGCCACGAUCCAAGGAGGCCAUGGCCAGGGAUUUGGGCAAUCUACAUGCAGAUUUUGAAAAGUUUGGUGCUUCAUUGAGUGAUGUCAAGAGUGGACUGGAGAACCGUCUGCAACAAUGGAACGAAUACGAGAUAAACUUGGAUCGUCUGAUCAAUUGGCUGGGAGAGGCUGAGAAUGCACUCAAGAAUUACAACCUCAAGAACUCGUUCGAAGAGAAGGAGGAACAACUAACACGCUUUCAGUCUUUGGCCCAGAGUUUGCGUCAAAACGAAUCCGACUUUGAUAAGAUGAAAGACGAUACCUCAGAGCUGGUGCAGAGCUCCGGCGAGACAAGGAUUGCCGUGAAUGUGCAACAGGUAUCUUCCCGUUUCCAAUCCAUCCAAGCUACAGCCAAGGAGAUCCUCAAGAAGUGCGAGCAAGCUGUCCAGGAUCAUGGCCACUUCAAUGAUAAAUAUAAGCAGUGUGCCAAUUGGUUGGCCCAGGCCCAGGGACGUUACGACGACUGCUCUGAUUUGUCUGCCGUUGGAUCCCGCGAUGACCUUCUAAGGAAACAGAUGGUCAUCCAGGAACUGCUGGCCCAACAGCCCACGGCCACGCAGCUGCUGAACAGCACUGUGGAGCUGGGGGAAAAGUGUUAUGGUUCAACAGCCACCGAGGGUCGCGAGGCCAUACGCAGCCAGUUGGAUGACCUGACAUUCGAUCAGCUCUUUGACAACAUAGCCAUUACAGCCAGGAAAAUCCAAGAUAAGAUUGCCAAAUGGUCUGGAUUUGAUGAGAUUGCCGACAGUCUGAAGUCGUGGCUGGAGGAGACAGAGAAUGCUUUGCCCGCGGAUCUCGAACUGAAGACCACUCUCGAUGAGAAGCGCACAAAACUACAGACCUACAGGGAUAUACUCAAUGACAUUAACAACCAUCAAGUGGAGUUGGGAAAUCUACAAGAGAUUGCUGCAAACUUGCCAGAGAAAACAGAGCAUGUGGACGGGAUCCUCAAGGAUAUUGCUGAACGCUUUGGAAAGCUACAGAAGCGCGGGCAAUCCUUUGUGGAGCGUUACGAGGGCAUUGUGAGUGCCCAUCAGCAGUACUCGAAGGCCGUGAUGGAUGCCCAGGAGUUUAUUGAUGCCACUCUCAAUACGGUGCACUAUUGGGGUGAUUUGGACCUGGAACAGAUCUCCCUGCACACGAAUCUGGAUCGUUUGAAGAACCUGAAGGCCAGUCUGGCCGAUGAGUUCCCUCGAGUAGAUCAAGUGCGUGCUUUGGGUGAGAAGGUCAUCCCCGGCACCGUGGAUGUGGGACAGGUGAACAUCAAGUCUCAGAUCGAUACAACGCAACAGGAAUGGGAGGGUCUUCUGGCGGCUAUUGGAUCUACCAUCGAAGGAAUUGAGUCGCGUCUGCAACACUGGUCGGAGUACGAACAGCUGAGGGAUCAGUGUCUCGCUUGGAUUCGGGAUACCGACAACAAUCUCCAUGCCAUUGAUCUGAAGGAGGAUCUGCCCAAGAAGCGCGCCCAAUUGGAUGUUCUGAAGGCACUCCAAGGCGAUGUGAGGGCCAAGGAAUUGGAGGUGGAUAAUGUCACAGAGAAAGCACAGACCCUGUUAAAGGGCCACCGGUCGUCAGGUCCCGAGUUGGUCGCGAAAUACCAGCAGAUCUUCCACAAGGUAAAGGAACUGAACAAUCGCUGGCAGCAAUAUGUCUCCACGCACGAGGACUUUGAUAAUUCCAUCAACGAUUGCACCUCCUGGAUUAACGACAUCAAGGAGAAGCUGGACUAUUGCUCGGACAUGUCGUCGAUGAGCCAAAAAGAGUUGGACAAGAAAUUGGCCACCAUUCAGGAUGUGAUACUACUCAAGGAUGAGGGUUCUGCGCGUGUUCUGAAGAUCUUAGAGCAGGCCCAGCACGUGCUGGCCAAUACGGCGCCUGGGGGUCAUGAGGCCAUCAACAGGGACCUCACCGAUCUACAGGAUCUGUGGUCUGGCAUUGCCUUGCGCAUAAUGGAUGUGAAAUCGAAUCUAGAUGACUCGAUAACCCAAUGGUCGGGCUUCCUCGAUCAAGUGCAGAAUGUGCGCAAGUUUAAUGAAUGGUUGGAGGCUCUCCUGAAAGAAUUGCUGGAAAAUCAAACCACAAUGACGGAAAAGCGAGCACAGCUAGAUCGCGUCAAGUCCACGGAGGAAAAGGUGCGCGUGGAGAAGAUCGAUGUGGAUGCAUUGAAGAUUCAAGCCAAGGAAAUGAUUGCCAGCGGUCAGCAGAGUCAGGCCGCCUAUCAGGCCCAGAAAGUGUUGGACAACUUCGAUGAAUUGUUUGGGAAGGCACAGAAACUGUUGUCGGAUCGCCAGGAUCAGUAUAGAGAUCAUCGUUUGUUCAAAGAGGCUUACGAUGAUUUGGUUAGCUGGAUAGGUCGUGCAAGGGAGAAGUUCCCUGCCCUCAAACAGAGUAGUCUAAGCGAUAAGCUCGCCAUUGAGAAUGCUGUCCAGGCCACAGAGGCCCUGCUCAAUAAACAGGCCCAGGGAGAGCUGCUGGUCGAACAUCUUGUGCACACCGGUGAAGUGGUGCUCGCAAGUACAUCCACGCAGGGCCAGGAGAUCAUACGGAAUGAUAUACGCGCCCUGCGCGACAGCUUUGAAAGUUUGUUCCGUGAGAUCAAUCAGCAGAAGGAGAACCUGGAGGUCACCAUGGUGCAGUGGCGUGCCUACAAAGAGGAGUACGAACGUCUCAUGGAAUGGCUGCAACAGAUUGAUAUACUGGUCAAGAAUCACAAGCUCAAUCUGUGUCCCACUCUGCCGGACAAGGAGAAGCAAGUCGCAGACAUGAAGGACGUGAUGGCGAGACUGGAGAAGGGCAAGGAAGACAUUGAUCGAUUCAAUGCCUCGGCUGCCAGUCUUCUCAAGUCCCAUCUAGAUACGUAUGUGAACAACCAACUGCGACACUUGAGCUCUGUGUAUCAGGUGCAGGUAAAUCUGGCCAAGGAUGUGCUGAAAAAGGUGGAAACAAACCGAGAUCAGCAUCGUGAAUACGAUAGCAAUAUGCGAUCGGCCAGGGACUGGAUAGCCCAUGCCAAGACGGCCAUUCAAUCGGCUGGCGAUGGUGCUGGCUCCAAGGAGGCCCUCCAGCGACGUCUCGAACAGAUCCAGGACCUGAUACGUAACCGAGAAGUGGGCCAAAAUCUGGUCCACACAGCCAUCAAUAAUGGUGAAAAGAUUAUACGGAAUACGCGUUCUGAUGGUAGGGAUGCGAUCAACAGCGAAAUGAAGGAACUGCAAACGGAAUGGGACAGACUCGUGAAGAAAAUGUCCAAUGCCAAGGUUCAACUGGAGACGAACCUGCUGCAGUGGGCGGACUACAGUUCCAGCUACACACAGUUGCAGCAAUGGAUCACCGACAGGGAGGCUAAGCUCCAACAGGCCUGCGAGCAGAAGAUUGUCAAAUCGAAGCGGGGUCAGCCAGGCCUCAGCAGUGGCUUGAGCGAGCGCAAGGCCAAUCUGCGACAGACAAAUAACAUUGUCCAGGAUAUUGUGUCCUUCGAACCGAUGAUUCAGUCGGUGGCGUCCAAGGCCUCUGACCUGCAGCAAGGAGCCCCAGCCACAGAGAUAUCCGACAAGUACGAGAAUCUCACAAAGCAAGCCAAGGAUCUGUAUGAGAAGCAGAAGACAACCAUCGAGAGCUAUCAGUCGCUGAUCGAUGCCGGCAAUGACUUUGCCACAUGGCUGCGCAAUGCCAAGGAGCGGCUAAGCAAGUGCUCCGAGCCGACUGGCGAUAAGCAGGCGCUCGCCGAGAAGACCCACCAGCUGAAGAUUCUCCAGGGCGAAGUGCCCGAGGGUGCCCAAAAGCUGAAGAAUGCCCUGGAGCAGGGUGAGAUUGCCUGCCGCAGUGCAGAGCCCGAGGACUGUGAGAUCAUUGAGCAAGAGGUGGCCCUACUCCAAGAGGAAUUCGAUGCCUAUGUGGAGGCCUUGAACAAGGCCAAGGACUACCUGGAGGUGGGCAUUGUCAAGUGGUCCGACUACCAGGAUCAGUACACCGAAGCUCUCGAGUGGCUGAGCAAGACAGAGGCUCUGGUACAGUCGUACAACAAGUUGCAGGACAGCCUCACACAAAAGAAGGUCGUCCUCGAACAGUUCCAGGGACAUUUGCAGACCCUCUUCGAUUGGCAGAAGACCCUCGAUCAUUUGAACAUGAAGGCCCAAGUGCUGCUGGAGACCUGCUCCGAUACGCGCAUCAGCAAUGCCAUCAUGCAACUGACGACCAAAUACAAUGCCCUGCUGACCCUCGCCAAGGAGGUGAUGCGCCGCCUGGAGAUGCACUACCAGGAGCAUCAGCAGCAUCACUCGCUCUACGAGGAGUGCCAGUCGUGGAUCGAGAACACGCGCGAGAAGUUAGCCGACUGCGAUCACAUACCCAGCACUCUGAAUGAAGUCCAAAUCAAACUGAAUACCGUCAAGAAUCUCCGUCAAGGGUUCGAGACGGGUCAAAACAAGCUUCGGUAUCUGCUGGAACUAAAGGAGAAGGUGAUCAUGAACACAGAACAGAAUGGUGCAGCCAAGAUCCAAGAGGACACCGAGUCCCUCAAGCAGGACUUUGACAAGCUGCUGGUGGAUCUGAACGAUGUGCGCCAGAAGUUGGCCAAUCGUUUGGCCCAGCUGGAGGAGAUCUUCAAGCUGUACAAAAUCCUUGUCGAGUGGCUGGAAGAAGCAGAGCCCAGUGUCAAGGCCAGCGAUGAGUAUCUCAAUGAUUUGAGCGAGAAACGCGCGGCCCUGGAGAAAUUCCGCGUCAUCCAGCGGGAUAUCAAUGGUCAUAAUGACAUAGUAGAGAAGAUCAAUCUGCGUUUGCGCGAGGACAAUAGUCUGGAUGCCAACGACUUCCAGCCGGGUCUCAGCAAAUUCGAGAAUCUUCAAGCGGAGGUCAACAAGAUCAUAGAGUCACUGGAGAACCAGGUCAACAGCCACGAGAAGUACAAGCAGGCCUACAACGAGCUGCAGGAUUGGCUGCGUCGCACUCGCAUCGAUGUAGAGCAGUGCGCCGAUUGUCAUGGCGAAAAGGAUCAGGUUGAGAGUCGUCUCAAUCGUUUGGGUGAUAUACAGGCCACAUCCCUGGAGGGUAAAUCCCUGCUGGAUGCCUGCGAGGAGCUCAGUCGGGCGGUCAUUGCCACCAGCGGCAGUGAGGGUCAGGAUAAUGUGGCCCAAGAGAUCAAGCACUUGACUGGCGAAUGGGAGACCCUACAGGCAAUGUCGCGUGAUGCGCGCAACAGUCUGGAGACCUGCCUCAACGCAUGGCAGACCUUCCUUCAGAAGUUCAACAAAAUCAAUCUGUGGAUCGAGACGAUGAGCAAGCGCGUUACCAAAUCCCAGGAAGCCGAUAACAAAACCACCGAAGAUUUGGUUAAUGCCAAGAAAUUACUCGAGGAAGUGCUCGCUGAGAAGGACAAUGUCGAGGAUUUGAAUGACAAUUGUGAGCUCUUGAUGGAGCAGAGUGCUUGCACACGGAUACGCGAUCAAACCAUCGAAACGCAGGCCAAUUACACAAAACUAUUGACUUCUGCCCAGGGACUGGUGGCCAAGGUCGAGAAGAAUCUGUCGGAUCACACAGAGUUCCUCAACUACAAGAAGGAAAUGGAUGGUUGGAUAGAGAAGGCACAGCAAGUGCUCAACGAUUGCAGUACCGAUGGUGAUGCCUCCAUUAUUGCCCAAAAAUUGGACACAGUCAAUUCCCUGGCUUCUCGUCUGCCCGAGGGUCAGCAUUUGUUGGCCUUGGUGCAGGAUGCCUACUCAAAGGCGUCCAACAUCACGCCCGAGGACAAGCAGGAGAAACUGCGCGAACUGAUGACCAAAGUUCGCGAGGACUGGGAUGCAUUGGGCCUGGCUGUCAAGCAGAAGUUGAGCGACCUGAAGCAAGCCCAAAACCGUUGGAACGACUUUGCUGCCAACAAAGACAAACUGGACAAGUGGCUAAGCGAGACAGAGAAGACGUUGAAGGCGGCGCCGGAGACCAAGGGAGAGCUCAGCGAAAUGAAGACACUGCUGGAGCGCUACAAGACGUUGAGCAAUGAGCUGAAGCAGAAGGGCAACGAUCUGGAGCAGUUGCAGUCGGAGGCCCGCGAUUUAGGCACAGAAGUAGAUGCCGUCAAUCGUUUGCAGUCGCGUUGCGAUAAGUUGAAGAACGAUUGCUCGUCGCACAUUAAGGCACUCGAGCAGGAGAUGCUCGACUACAAUGCGUACCAUCAGAGUUUGCAGGAUGUGGAGAAGUGGCUGCUGCAGAUCUCCUUCCAGCUGAUGGCCCAUAAUUCGCUGUUCAUAUCGAAUCGCGAACAGACCCAGGAGCAGAUCAAACAGCAUGAGGCGUUGCUCUCCGAGAUCCAGAAGUAUCAGACCAAUCUGGAUGACCUGAAUGCCAAGGGUCAGGCGCAGAUCAAACGCUAUGAAUCCACCACUCCAGCCAUCCGUCCCACGGUCGAGUCACAGCUGAGAAACAUCCAGGACAGCUACAACUCCCUGCUGCAGACCUCAGUGCAGAUCAAGAAUCGUUUGCUCGAAUCACUGGCAAAGUUCCAAGAGUACGAGGAUACUCUCGACAGCAUCAUGCGGAAUCUGGAGGCCUACGAGCCGAUUAUUCAGACCGAACUGGAUGCCCCAGCGACCAGCCUGGAACUGGCCCAGAAUCAACUGAGAUGUGCCCAGGAAAUGCAGCACAAGUUGAACAACGAAAAGUCACGACUGGCUGCCGCCGUUCAGGCCUGUGAAGCGGCCACUGCAUCGAUUAGUCGUCCCAGCUCUCCGCUGGAGACGGCCAUGCAGGCCAUACCCGAACGGGAAUUGAUUGUGCGCGCAAAGCUUGAAGAUCUGCUGGAUCAGGUGCAAUCCCAUUUGGGUGGUUUGACUGCAUCCGUUGGCGAAUUGGAGCAACAGCAGAAGCAGCGCGCCGAGCUACAGGAUUGGGUUAAGAAGCAACAGAGCUCUGUAUCCGACUGGUCGAUGCGUCCCAGCAAACUCCGUCCCGAGGCGGCACAGCAGGAGCUUGUGGCCAUGAAUGAUCUACUGAAUUCCAUUGGCGAUAAACGUUCUCAACUGAUGCUGGAAAUGACUGGAUCAUUGGGCGAUGAGGACACAGAUUUGGAUGACAAUAUCGACAAACUGGAAUCAGAGUUAAUGGAUGCCAUUGCCAAGAAGCAGGCGGGACAGAAUGUCAUCGAUGGCUAUCGCCAGGGCAUGCAGGAUGUCCAAAAUUGGUUCGACACUCUCAUUAAGCGCAUGGAUGUCCUUGAUCGCGGCUCUGGCCUCAACUGUGCACAGAAGACGGCCGCCAUUAAUGAGAUCAAAAACGAAUACGAGCUCCAGGGUCAUCCCAAGAUCCAAGAGCUGAAGGGCAAGGCCGCACAGGUGGCAGAGGUUAUCAGCAAUCUGGAUGGCCAGCAGGUGGAGGAGCAAAUGAAAUCGCUGGAUCGUCGCUUUGCCGAUCUCGGCAAGCGUAUUGAUCGCAAGGCCCAGCUCCUGGAUGUCACCAACAAGGGUGUGGAUGGAGCCAAGGGUGAGAUUGAUCAGCUCCAGAAUUGGGUGAAGCAACAAAUCGACGAACUGCAGGCACCCACUCCGCUGGGAUACACGCCCAAGGAUGCCGAGGCGCGUCAGCAGAAGAUCAAGAGCCUGAUGAAGGAUGCCGAGGCAAAGCAAUCACUGGCCGAUGUCCUGGAGAAGCGCAUAGCCAACAUGCAGCCCGAAUUGGAGCCAGCAGAGUACUCUCAGCUGGAGUCUGCUUUGCGGAACCUCAACACGGAGAAUCGUAAUCUGUCAGGCGUACUGAAGGCCGAACUAGAUCGCGCUCUGGAGGCAAGCAAAGCACGCAAGGCUUUGGAGAACGAUCUGGACAAGGCACGUCAAUGGCUCAAGACAAAGAUAUCGGAGGUGCGCAAGCUGCCCGUCUAUCAUCCAUUGACCUCUGCAGAGAUUGAGAAGAAACUGCAGGAGAACAAAAAGUACGACGAUGAUGCCAAACAGUUCAACGACAGUGUACUCAGCGAUGUCCAACGCCAGGCGGCAAAUAUCAUGAAGGAUUGCGAUGAUGGCGACAAGGCUGCCCUGCAGCAGAUCCUCGACGAAAUAGCCGCCGACUAUCAGACCCUGAAGGAUGAGGGCAACAAGAGAGGCAAAUCUUUGGAUGAUCUACUCCAGGGACGCAAGGCCUUCGAGGACUCAAUGAAGAAGAUGGGCGACUGGUUGAAUGAAAUGGAAACUGCCACCGAAGGGGAGCUAAGAACCACAAGUUUGCCUGUACUGGAAGAGCAGCUGGCGCACUACAAGAAGCUGCUACAGAAUGCCGAGAAUAUGGGCGGCCUUUGCAACGAUGUGUCCGAGCAGGGCAAGAGUAUUCUGCCUACCCUCAGCAAUGCGGAUAAGCUAAAGCUCAAUGACGACAUUAAGAACAUGAAGGAUCGCUAUGGACGUGUAAAGAACACCAUCGAUGACAGGGUUAAUGCCUUGGGCGAUCACAUCAAGAAGUACAAGGAUGCCAAGAGUCGGUUGGCCGAUUGCAGUCAGUUCUUGGGCACCAUUCAGCAGCGUAUGCGUGAGCUGAAUCGUCCGAUUGGCUCAAGGAUUGAGGAUGUCCAAGAUCUGUUGGGUGCCUAUGAGGGUAUACUGAAGGAACUCAAGGACAGCAAGAGCAAGAUGGGUGACAUGCAGAUCGAUGAUCUGCCUGAAUUGCAGAGCAUUUUGGCCCAACAGGAUGAUAUGAUCAAACUGAUUGAAGAUCAAUUGGCCCAUCUCCGGCAGCUACUGUUGCUCCGCGAACAGUUUAUUGCUUUGAUCAAUGAGAUCAUAGCCUUUAUCAUGAAGUACACCGAUGUGAUCAUUGACAUUGAGAACUCCCCCGACAGCCUGGAGGAUAAGAUCAACAAGUACGACGAUGUGAUUGUCAAGAUUCAAGAGUGCGAGGGUGUCCUGGCCUCGGCCAAUGACAAGGGCCAGAAGAUCGCCUCUGAGGGCAAUGCAGCGGACAAGAACAGCAUCACCGAGCAGCUGCAAUCUCUGAAAAAUCAAUUGCAAAAUCUCCGGAAGGCCGUGGAAUCGCAGCGACAGAAGCAUCAGCUUCAGCUGGAAUCCCACAAGAAGAUGGGCGCCGAAUUGAGCGAGAUUCUCGAUUGGCUGCACAGCCAUGAAGGCGCGGCCAAAUCCCGUCCGCUGCUCGAUCGCGAUCCCGAGUCGGUGGAGCGUGAGCUGCAAAAACACCAGAGCCUCAGCCAGGACAUUGACGCCCAUCUGAAUAAAUUCAACAAGAUCAACGAUGGCGUGAAAACGGAAAUCGGAAUGCCCAGCUCCCUGCUGGAAAUGCUUUCCGAGGGUCGUUCCCUGGUGGCCUCCCUGCCUCACGAGCUCGAGGAGCGCGAGAAGUAUCUGAAGAACAACCGCGACUCCCGGCUGGAGUACAUGCAACUGGUGGCCAAAUUCAACGACUGGGUCCACGAGGCUGAGCUGCGGCUGCAGAACAGCCAGCAUGGCAUCGACUAUGAGCAUCUGGUCCAUGACCUGGACGAGCACAAGAUCUUCUUUGGCAACGAGGCACCCAUACGCAAUCUGGUGCACAAGCAGAUCCAAGAGGCUGCCGACAAGAUCUGGUCGUCGCUCAACAACUACGAACAGUCGGAGUUAUCCUCCGAAUUGGCCCAGUUCCAGAACAAACUGACCAACACCCUGGCCAAUGCCAAGACCCAGCAGAGCGAACUGGAGCAGGAGGCCGAACGCUGGCGCGAAUAUAAGCAAUCGAUUGAUCGCGUCAAGGCCACCAUUGAGCGCACCAAAUUCAGCGAUGAACCCGUCCAGAAUCUGGCCGGAGUGCACUUUAACAUACAGAAGCUGUCGCAUGCCAUUGGCAAUGUUCAAAGUCAAAGCAGCGACCUUUCUCUGGUGAACCAACAGUCGCAGGCCCUCAUACGCCAGGCCGACGCACGCAAUCGUCAAUUGAUUGAGAAGGAUAACGGUGACCUGAAUCGUUUGUGGCAGGAACUGGUACGCAGCCUCGAACAGCGUCGCGAUAAUCUGCAACAGUUGGCCGAGCAUUGGGAUAGCUUCGAGAACAGCUUGCACGGCUGGGAGAAGGCAUUAGGUCGACUAGAGGAUAAAUUCCGCAAUGUCGAUCCAACUGUAAGAUCCCGACGUCAUUUGGAAGAUACAAAGAAUGCCAUUCAGGAAUUACGUGAAGAAUCAAAUCAACUUAAAUCAUCACAUAAAGAAAUCGAGACUCUCUCAAAAUCCAUCCUCACAUUCCUUGGGGAAGUACACAAACCCUCGGCGGAGGCCAUACAGGCCAAAGUGGAUAAGUUAGUUGAACAGCAGGCCAUAUUGAACGACACCCUACGCGAGAAGGAGCAACAGGUUAGCCAGGAUCUCGACGAGAUCGAGCAAGUCUUCCGUCGCAUUUCGCAGCUGCAGGACAAGUUGAACGCCUUGAACGAGCAACUGCAAUCAAUACACGUCUACGACGAGCAUAUUGCCCAAACAGAACAGGCCCUGAUCACCCUCAACAGCCAAGUACAACAGGCGGCCGAGGAGAGUCGUUUGCUGGUUAGCCAGACAACGGCCAAAUAUCAGGCCAAACAGAAUCUACUGCCCAGCGACAUUGCCCAGGAGUUUACGGCUCUUGAGCUGCUUUCGGAACGUGUACAGGUGACCAUGGAGACCAAAGAGAAGGAUUUCAAGCGUGCCAAGACCGUGCGCACCGAGUAUGUGGCCGGUGUGGAUGAGAUUCAGCGCUGGCUGCUGCAGGCCGAAGUGCAGGUGCAGGAGCGCACCCUCAGCCCCACACAGAUGAAGGAGCUGCUGCAGCGCAUCAAUCAUGAGAUCACCGCCAUUUACGAACGCUUCACCCUGGUCAAGACCAACGGCCAGCUGAUUAUCGAGAAUUGUCGCAACAGUGAGGAGAAGACACUGGUGCAGACGACGAUCGAUCAGUUGGCCGCAUCCCUGGCUCAAGUACGGGGCUGGUUGGACGAGAAGAAGCAGGCGGUGGGCGAUAGCCUGGAUGCUUGGACGAGAUUCAUGAAUCUGUAUCAGAUUGUCAUGUCAUGGGCGGCCGAGAAGCGUACGUUUAUCGAUCAGUCGAUUGAUUUGCGCACCCUGCCCGAGGCUAGAAACAAACUGAACGACUAUGUGGCGGCUGUGAAGAGUAUUAAACCGAUUGUCAAGCAUUUGAGCGAAAUGGACAAGGAACUGGAACACAUUGGUCAAGUGACGACUGUGGGCGAUCUCAAGGACAAACUGCAGGAGGCCGAGGAUGCGAAGAUAGCCGUGGAAGCGGUGCUGCUGGAGAGGAACUCUCUGCUGCAAGAGGCCUGCGAGGAAUGGGAUCAAUGUGAACGCAAAAUCAAGGAUAUACGCGCCUGGCACGAGAAGACCAAACAGGGUCUGGACUCGUCGCAGCAGCAGAAGAAACCGCUGCGCGAUCAGCUUGGAUUCUGUGAGAAGACCCUGGCCGAUAUAAAUGUGCAAAAAACAAAACUGAGACUGUCUAUCGAGAAGCUGGAGGUUCACUUCCGCAAUGGCAUGGGUGGUGAUCCACGCCUUAGCGAGAAUGUUGACGAUCUGGUGCGCGUGCUCGACGGCUUGGGUGAAUUGGUGAAAGCCAAGUCCCAAAGCCUCGAACAAACGCUGGCCCAGAUCGAUGUCUACCAGCAGCAGAUGCAAACGCUGCGGCAGCGCAUCAUCCAGGAGGAGCAACAGCUGCGUCUGGUGAUGGCGCCCACGUACUUGCCACACGAUCGUGAGCGAGCAUUAGCCGAUCAACAGGCAAUGCGAGAAUCAAUCGAUGGCAUGCAGCAGACCUACGAUGCAACCGCCAGAAAGUCCUAUGCUCUGGAUCCCCAUUCAGUGGUAACCACUUCAUCGACUGUGUCGUUGCUUAUGAAGCCAACGGCCGUAGGUUUGACCUAUGCUGAAGUGUUAUCGGGACAAACGAGUCCGGUAAGCGGUAAUGAGACGACCCAAACGACAGCAGCACCAACGAGAAAACCCAGACAAGAACGAGUAUACCCAGCCACGACAACGAACCGGCAAGAACGACACCACCAAGAAACGACAAACAAUCAGACAACAAUUACAACCACCAUUACGACAACGACAACAUCCACGACUUUGAAACGUACGCAUGACGAAGACCAGAUCGAACUGAAUGGAGAAGGUAUAACCACUGCGAUCUAUGAGAGCAGAGAUCAGGUUCAGGUCCCCCAACAGGUUACACCAACACCACCACCACCAAUCGAGAGUCAUGUGGAGACGAUCGAGAUCAGCAACAGCAGCACGGCACAACAGCAACAAGUUCCUAACCAACCUCAGACCCAACCUCAAUCCACCACCAACCCCAGCAGUCAGCAGUUCAUUGAAAGCGAGCGGCAAUAUCAUGUGAAAACGGGUAAGAAUCUACAGCCUCCCAGGCCAGAACGUCGCGGACGUUCGCCAAGACGUCGACGAGAGCCACAUACAAUCGAACAGGAGCAGCAGCAGCAGCAGCAGCAGCAGCACCAGCAACACCAACAUGAGCAGCAGCAGCAGCUCUUCUUGCCCUUGGAUGAUCGUACGAGAUCGCGUAGCCCCAUGUGGGUGCCCGGUUCAACGUCCUAUGCGGAGGUACUGCGAGGCCUGGAGCUCGAGCGUCUCAAGAAGCAGGCGGCCGAGCAACUGGCCGCCCAAGGAGUCCAGAGUCAUACGACGGAUCUGACCAUACAGGAUGUGGUGGAUGCCAGUGCCGCCGUAGCAGCCAGCAUGUAUGUCCCUGAAGCAGAGCCGGAAAUAAUCGAGGAACCAACACAACAGCAAUAUAUAAGCGAAGUCAAUCCAGAACAUGGCUAUGUUCCUCCCCAACAACAGCAGCAGCUGCCGCAACAAGUGGAGAGUGUUAACAAUUAUGAGGUACCCAUGACAGCGGAGGAGAUUGCCGCCACUUACUUGCAGCCCGAUCCACAGCUGUAUCAAACGAUGUACGAGAAUGUGGCCGAUAGCGGCCAGUGGGGCUAUGUGGCAAAUGCCAGCACAGUGCCGCAGCAGGAGCAACAGCAGCAGCAGCCACAGAACUACUACGAGCAAAUCCUGCAGAUGCAAUAUCCCCUGCAAUACCAGCCCGUGGCCGUGCAGCCAGCGACAACACAGUUUCAACUGUUGCCGGGCUACUACCAGCCCAUAACCACAACCGACACUUAUUCAACGCUCUAUCCUACAGAGCCAUCGCAGAUUUACUUUACCCAACCGACGGUAGAGUACUCACAGGAGUAUCAAACGCAGCAGCAGCAGCCACCUCAGCAGGAAGCAGAGAUCUAUCAACCGGAGACGACAGAGCAGACCUAUCUGUUAGAUCCGUACAGCGUACAGGAAUCGACGACAGGUAACAGCGUGCUGGAUCGCGUUGUCACCACACUCGCAUCGAUGGUGCAACAGAGCACGGAACCAUUGACCACCAGUACGCAGCAGAUUCAGCCCACUGUGGUACAGAUCGAACCCGAAGAAGAGGAGCCCCAGUACUAUAUCGAAGAGAGUGUGCAAAUGCUGAGAUCAGUGGAGCCACAGGAGUUUGAGGUUGAUGAGCCACGACCCGACAUUACCUUUGGGCAGUUUGAGAUGGAUGCCAUAGAGACGAUACCCGUUGAAGUGCCACCCCAGCCACAAGUGAAACCACAGCCACAACAGCAAUCCACUGUCGUAACGACAACAAGCUAUGUUCAGGAAACCAUUGUCUCGGACCAGACGACCGAACAGCCAACUGUGAUAACUCAGCAAAUCAGGACUCAAUCUGUAGUCCCCGAAACGGCCCCAGCGACUACAAUCACUGUGCGUCCCCAAGCCCAACGUGUGCAGCAGCAGCAGGCAAUCCAGCCCCAGGAUAUCAGUGCCGGUAGUACUUAUGCCGAAGUCUUAUUCGGUCUACAGCACAAAGAACAACAACAAAAACAACAAUCCGUUUUCCAGCCAUCCAGUCAGCAGCUACAACAGAUACCCGUACGCCUAUCGCCGCCAACACAGCGCAGAGCUGCAGCUGAACACACAACGAAUACGAAGCAUACAACAGUUACUACCACAACGAUCACCAACUCAAGAAAAUCGCCAACUUGGGAGCGCAGGGACGAUAAUACCGAGUCGACUACGUCGCGUCCAAAGCGAGUGCGACAUGAGACGCAACCCGAACCAUUGCCGAUCAAGGUCAGCACCCGUAAGGACACCAAAUUGAACAAAAAGCCUAGAUCUCCGGAAAGCAAUGGUGUGGAGAUCACUAAAGUGGUGCAAGAAGUGGUUGAAGAAGCCACCAAGCAGCCAGAGCCAAAGCCAAGAAAGUCGAAAAAACCUAAAAAGACAACCGACAAUGCAACAUUUGUGGAUGCAGUGCAGUUUGUGGAACACAAAGUCGAUGCAGCUCCAGUGGUGUCCAAGAAGGAGAAAAAGCAGACAUCACCUAUUCUGGAAAAGAAGCAGGCGUCACCUGUUCUGGAGAAGAAGCAAACGUCACCUGUUCUGGAGAAGAAGCAAACGUCACCUGUUGUGGACCGAAAGAAGGAUUCAACUGCAGUGGAGCGAAAGCAAACCUCUCCUGUACUAAGCCGAAAGCCAGCAUCACCUGUUCUAGAGGGAAAGCAAACCGUGGUAGAGACUACGGUUACCACCACCCAAACGGUUGAGCCUGUAGUGUUUGAGGUCACUUCAACUCCUGAGCCAACACCAAAGAAGGAAAAGAAGCAACCCGCUAAACCAGUAGCGGAAAAGCCUCACACAAGCAAGAAAUCUGCAGAGCCAGUCAAGGAAAAGGAGACUAUAAAGUCCGAAGCAAAGAAGGAAGAGGUUGAAACUGUUGUAGCUAAGAAGGAGGACCCAGCUCCAGUUGCGCCUUCCCGGAAGGAUAAGAAACAGUCAAAGACGACAGUGGAGAAGGUUGUUAUCAGCAGCACCAAAUCUGUUGAACCAGUCAUCGAAAAGGAGAUUGUCGCACCUGCCAUCGAACAGGAAAUUGUAGAACCAGUCAUUGAAAAGCAGAUUGUCGUACCAGCUGUGAUUGAAACCAAGGAGAAAAUCGAAGCAACUCCAUCGACACCUUCGAAAAAGGAAAAAAAACAGGCAAAAACGGUUGUGGAAACUACAGUCAUCAGUACCAAGACAAUUGAGCCAGCUACAGAGUCAGAAACUGUCACAGAGAAGAUUUCUGAAGAGGAAAUUAUUGCUGAGAAGAUUGUUGAGUCGGAACCAGUCAAAGAGAAGCUUAUUGUAGAGCCCACACCCGUUAUGGAGAAGAAAAUUGCUGAACCUGAAGUUCCAACUUCAACACCUACAAAGAAGGACAGAAAGCGUUCCAAGAAGGAGGCCAAGCCCGAAACAACAUUGAAUAUUGAGGUAGCUGUUGCUCCAGUCAAGGAUGUUUCAAAAACCACAACAGAUACUGUUACGGCAAUAACUGAAAGCAAUGUUGCUGAUCAAACAGUUGAAAAAACGAUUGAAGUAAAAAUUCCAGAAGUCUUACCUGCACAAACAGCACCAGAGCUAGUAAUUGAGCCCGUAAUAGUGGCUGAAAAAGUGUCAGCUCCCGUGGAAAUUCCCUCACAGGUUGUAAUUACAACCUCAGAAACGUUAACAGAGUCAUUGAAUGGUACUCCCAAAUUGCAGGAGACCGUAAGUCCUGUCUCUACGGAAAUAAGUGAAACCAUCACUGAGGGUGAACCUACUGUCACGACAUCGACAAACACAAUAUCAACGGAAAGUGGAACCACAACUAUCACCACGCGUACAAUCACCAAACACAUAACCAAGCGUAUAGUCAAGCGUAUUGUAGAUGGUAAAGAGGAGAUUGUCGAGGAAGAUGUGAUUGAUGAUUUGCCCGAGGAGAAUAUCUCCGUGGAGCAGUUCAAUCUACCAACAGUUGAAACCACAAGUAGCGAGGUGCCCAUUGAUGCGACUGGACUCUCGACCACACAAGACACCAUAGUGCAGCAGGGAUCGAUAACCAAGACAACGAUCACCAAGACAAAGCGCAUCCUGAAGCGUAUCACCGAGGAUGGGGAGGAAAUUGUUGAGGAGGUCUUUGAGGAUGAGCCUGAAGUGGAGAGAGAUGUUACGCUGCUGCCAACGACAGUGCUAACCUCCACGGUUAUCACAACGGCGGAGGAGCACAAAUCCAACAUCCAGGAGGCUGCCCAGAACGUGGUUGAGGAAGUCAUCAAGCAAGCCGAAGAGAUAACCCAACCUGAUGAGCGAAAUUCAACGCGUAAGGACAUAAAGAAGGCCAAGAAGGAACAGCCCAUUCCAGAACCCGAGAAACCAAUAUUGGUUGAGGAACCAAAAGUAAUAAAGGAAGUUGUGGAGGAACCGCAGCAGCAGAAACCCCAAAAGCCAUCCCGGAAGGACAAGAAGAAACACAAGAAGUCGGAAAGUGAAAUCGCCACAAACAUUGUCCAAAAGGUAGCCGAAAUUAUCGAGCCACAGCCAGAACCUCAACUAGAAAUCACAGAGCCCCUGAACAUAACAAGUGCAAUUACUACGGAUGAGAGACAAACCCUGUCAUCGGAUGGAUCUGUUGUCAGCAGCGAUGAUGGCAGCAGCCUCAUCAAGACGACUGUCAUUCGUACAACCAAAAUCGUUAAAAAAAUCAGCAGCAAUCAGCAAGAUAGUCAGGAGAUGACAUCUUCCACGCACUCGGACGUCCAAUCCCUGGGAUCCUUUGACUUGGCCGAAGAAGCUGUCGAACAGAUCGAACCCAAGAUUGAGAAAUCCGAGACGAACAGUCGCGAAAUAAGCGAUGAGGGUGUGGUUAAGACAACUAAAACUACAACAACUCGGACCAUCAAGAGCCCAAAGAGCGAGGAAGUACCUGUUGAGGCCACAUGGGAGGUGCCAACUGAAGAUGAGCCUGCAGUCUCGUCUCCUUCAGAGAUCGAGGAGCCUGUCGAGGGUGGUGUGAUCAAAACCACCAUUGUGCGUACCACGAAAAUCGUGAAGAAGAUUUCACAGGAGAGUGAAAAUAUCAGCGAGACAAGCAGUGAAGCCGAGACUUCCCUGGAUUUCAUUCAGGAUGCUCCCCUUGUGGCUGAAUCCGUGACUACAGAAUCCAACAGUGAGGGCAUCACAAAGACCACAACUACACGAACUACAAAGUCUGUAAAUAAGAGUGUAGAUGAAGAAGCUCCUGUUGCUCCAGAAAAUAAGUGGCUGACAGCUAUUCCUGACGUUCCAGAUACGACUGAAAUAAAGACAACCAUACUAGACUUUAUUUCUGCAGAAAAAAAGGCAACACAAAACAUCCCAGAACCCGAGAAAUUCAUUGCCGAACCCGUUGAAGUUGCAGUUUCAAUUUUAGCAGAGCCUCAGCAAGGAAAUGGUAUCGUUGAGGAAAUACUGGUGUCGGAGCCAGACAAUUGUGGGGUUGGUGAUGUUGUCAAGACAACAAUUGUGCGAACUACGAAAAUAGUUAAAAAGGUGUCGCAAAAUAACGAGCAACAAAACGUUAGCGAGGUCUCUACAGAGUCGGAACCAGUGUUGCCUGCUGCUGAAGAGGAUACUAUUGGAGGUGGUGUAACCAAAACGACAACCGUGCGUACGACAAAGAUCGUGAAGAAGCUGAACGAGGAUGGUGAAACAACCAGAGAGGAGAGCAGCAGCACUAUCAAUGAACCUCCCGUUACAGUGCGUGAAGCAUCGCCAACGAUUUCAGAGAUUCCCAGUGAAACUUCGACCACAUCUAGUCAAAUCGAUGGAGCGAUUAUCAAAACCACGACGAUACGUACGAUGCGCAUUACAAAGAGAAUAACCAAUGACGGACGUAUACUCCUGACUGAAAGUGACUCGCCGGGCGAUGUUGUUGUGACAUCGAGCAUCGAAAUGCCAGAUCAAAGACCAGUGAGUCCGGUUGUUGCCACAGCCCCCUCCCUUGUCGCUGUUACUCCCAGUAGCGAGUUCAAGUUGGAUAAUCUAGAGGCAGCAAACAUUCAGUUGGGAUCAGUUAAGGAUAGUCCCACAGGGGUGAAGGUCAUCGGCAUUGAGACAAACACUGUCGAACUGCCAAACCUUAGGGAACAGAUCAGAACAGAAACUAAGACAAACGGGGAUAUAAACGAAACAGAUAGUAUUACCACUACUACGACGACUACCAGAAAUACGAUACUCACGACAACCCAACGACGCAGCUUCGAGACCGAAGAUGGCACAAAUGUUCUUUUCGUGGGAGAAGGCAUUGACGGUGCCUAUCCACCGGGCACAGUCCAAAAGAUAUCCCUUAUCACGCAUGAAGAAAAGCUGAAGACACCGAUUGUGAAAAUGCAUCUAGAUUUUCCAGAGGUUAGUCUUCGUGUGACCGAGACGGUGACGGAAAAUGUGGAGUCCCUGCAAAGAACGGCGGAAAGUAGUCAAAACUCUGUGGUUGAGAUAUUCCAAGAGGCAGCAGAGCCCCUCGUAGAGUCCGUUUCUCCGGAAAUCCAGUCUGAAAAACUUGUCAAGAUUACAGAUUCCACAGAAUCUGUGUCAGUGUCGAGUAUUACUUCUGCGGAGAUCAUUACAGAGCCACUCAAAGAGUCUGUCCAAUCAGAAGACGUUAAAAUUACAGAACCUACGCAAGAGGUAGUAGUCCCUGAAGGUAGCAAACCCCUGUCCCCUGCAGAGUUGAGUCCGGAAGAGCAGCAGCUGUUCGAGGACAUUCAAAAGAAGCUCUCUAAGAAAGAUAAGAAGAAACGUCCGGCUAUACCCGAAGAAUUUAUUAAGCAAGAGACCACACAGAUCAUUGUAGAAGAAAGCAAAGGUAAUGAAAUCAUUGAUGAGAAACAGGUCCUAACCGAAGUCGUUGUCCCCUCAGUCCCCUCAGAAACUGAACCCAAGCAAUUGUUACCCAAUAUAUCUCAAGAUGAGGGUUUGAUAUCCAGCAUUCAGUUAGUUGAGCAGACAAAAGCAGAUAUUAUUUAUCGUGAAACUAUUGAGGUUACGCCAGCCCCUAAAAUUACCACCAUUCCAAGUCCAAGUCAAGAAGAAGUUCCAGUAGAUACUCAGUCAAGCCCCAGCCCUGCUCCUACUAAAACCGCUAAUCAAACUGUUCCUGCCCAAUCGAGCGCCCUAAUUGCUGAGCCAUUUGUAGCUAACACGGAGACAUUUGACCAAGAACUCGAUGAACUGCUACAAUCGCUGUCCAGCGUCGAGGAUGGCAUCGCAAACAUGAACCAGAGCAGCCUGGAGGGCAUGCUACAGGGACUAAAGCUAAUCCAAAGGAAUCUGGAAGUACACGAAAGGAACGCCCACCAACUGAAAGAGCAGGCUAAGAAUUUGCCCACGGAUCCUGGCACUGAACGCAUACUGAACGAAACCGUAGAUCGUAUUGACUUGCUACUGCGUCGUACCCAACAAGGCAUCAGCAUGUUAGCCAAUGCUAUGCAUGGGCAGAAGAAGCGGCAGGAGGACAUUGAUCAGUACCAGCAGCAUUUGCUGGAGCUAGAGCGAUGGAUCAACGAGGUGUCCGCCGAGCUGGCAUCGUUUGAGACCACACCGGACAGCAGCACCGAUGAGCAGGUGCUCAAGUCGCAGGUGGAACGCAGCCAGCAAUUGUUGCGCACCCUCAAGGAACGCCAGCAGUCCAUGGACGAUCUGUUGGAACAGACGCGACAGCUGCAAUCGCAGCCCGAUGUGGCCCCCCUGGCCAACACACUGAUGGAGCAGCUGCAGAGCAUUAUAAUCAUUCUGCGCGAACAGAUCACAGUGGCAACCACACGGAUUUUCACCAUCGAGAAGCGCAUUGUGGAUCUGCGCAAGGCCAAGAGCGAUGAGGCCCAGCGACAGCGAGUGCAGGCCGAUGCCAUGAUACAGCCCCCGACCCAGAUUGAGGCACAUGAAUCGAUAGAGUCCAAUGAGAACACAAUUGAUUCGACCUCAAUGCCCGAAGAGGAGGUUAAGCCACCCAGUGGUGGGGUAUAUGUGGAGACGCAAACAUCGCUGAGCUUGCAGCAGCAGCAGCAGCCGCAGCCGCCGGCACCUAUUCAGGUGGCAACCAGCACUGUGGAGGCGCAGACCAGCUUCAAGGAGGAGCCCUUGGCGGUGGUGGAAACCGCUGAGGUGGCCCAGCAAACGCAAAAGGAGCGCACACCCACCGAGAACAUAGUGGUGACGCAAACGAUUCAGGAUGGCCAGGCGACCAUACAGAUUGACACGACCCUGAAUAAGGAUAUACCCGACAGUCCCGAAGAUGUGCAGAUUGAGGCGCGCUACCAUCAGCGACCCCAGGGCGAUGUGGAACGUGCCACCGAGCUGAUCCUGAAGAAUGUGCCACAGGCAUUUGAGACGACAUUUGUGGAGCCAGACGAGACCACCACCGAGGUGAUUGUGGGACCCGAUGGCACCAAGCAUAUUGUCCUGAAAAAGGUCACGCGUACGCGCCAGCAGAUCGUGCAGCAGCAACAGAUCAGCUCCAUUGAGACUGUAAGCGACUCGGAUGGCAACAUUGAGGUGCAUUCGACGGGCCAGAUCAAUCUGGAGAAUGUGCAGACGACAGACACCAGUGCGGAUCCACAGGAGGGCAGCUAUCGCACCGUUGUUACACAGCAAACGCGUGGCGCCCUUGUAGAUGCCACCCAGCCAGAGGCGGUGACCGUUCAGGAGUUUGAAACGGAGCCAACGAUUGAGACGUACGAGGAGAUUGUGGGAGAACAACCGGGUGCAGAUGCACACUUGAUUGGCGGCGGCAGUACCAGCACCAUUCGGGCUGUUGUGCAGCAGGUGACCCGCAAGGUGAUCCGCAAGACGCGCAAGAUAAUCAAGCGUGUGGUUAUCAUCGAUGGGAAGGAGCACAUAACCGAGGAGGUGAUUGAGGAGCCCGAAGAGGUUGAGAUUACCGAAGAGGAGACGGCGCCGCAUAUCAAUGUGAAUAUUGUGCGCACAAUCAAUGGGAAAAUGGUCACCGAGGAGGAGUUCCAACGGAUGAUGCAAGAGCCGGGCGUGACCAUUGAAGAAGUUGCUGCAGAAUCGCCGCAACAGGUAUUUGAUAUUGAGUCUACCCACGUCACCUCCACCACAGAAACAAUAAUCACACCACAAGAACAAGAACAAGAGCAAGUACAGGUACAGAUACAGAUACAGCAAGAAUCAGAACAGAUACAACAGCCAGAACAACAGACACCACCAACAGAAACAAAGAUCAAAGAACCAGCACCAGUAGAGUUGCCACCAGCACCCUCUCAAGUAGAUGUUGCAGAACCAGUAGAUGUUGCCACUACUACUCCCACUACUACAUCCAUCAGUAUCGUUAAUGUUGCAGCAACAGAUGUAAUAACUACAACAGAAACAGCAGCAGCCAAUCCAGUAGAUAUCGUCGAUGUAACCACAGGAAUCACUACCGAACCCGUGGUGGAAGAUAUCCAUGAAAUUUGGCCACUGGAACAUCAUUUGAAUGCCACCAACAUUGACUUUUCACAACACGAUGAGGAACUAGCACCAGCAGCAAUAAUCACAACAGAAUUUAGAGAAGAAGAAUCCAUGCCUGUGGAAACCAUUUGGCCCACAAGCCCGGAGACGGGCAACUCUCUAACACUGGAGAACUAUGAAUUUGAGCCACAAUCACCCACAGAAAAGAUAGAACUUGAGACUGAGACAAAGCCUGAAACAGAACCAGAGACUAAACCAGAAACAAAGGCAGAGACAGCGACAGUGCCAGAGCCCUUGACUACUGGCAGCAUUGAAAUAACUAAGACCAUCACCACAGUGACCAGCAUUGGGGGGGAGCAGCCCAAGGAAGCUCUGUCUGAAUCGCAGACAGCAGUUCCAAAGAUAAAGACUGAUAUUGAGAGUUUCCUGGAUGCCGAAAAGACGCUGGCAGGAGCCUUGAAGGAACACCAAACUGUACCUGCCACCAUUCAGGUGGUUGAAGUACAAUCAGAGACAGUUGUUCCCCAAGUGCUUGAAAAGGAACCCGAAACAGUUGAAGCAGCUGUAGAACCUACCGUUGAAGUCACAGAAGUAACGGUACUCCAGCCCCAACAGCAGCCAGCGGAAGUUGUAAGCGUGGAAGUCACUCUUCAAGAGCCAGCCCCAGUGCAGACAACCCUGGAAGACAGCCCGGAAAAGGAGACUGAUGUACGUGUGGCCACCCAACUGUUUAUCUCUGGGGAGGCAGCCGCUUCAACGAGCCCACAAAAGUCUACCUACCAGAUUACAGCCCCAUCUAUCGAGGAUAAUGGCGAUGGUGUGCUCAAGGUUGUGCUGGGCAAGGGGCCGCAAGCCAACGAAGAAGAAGAGGCUGCUGCUACGACCACCAAGGUGAGCAUGACCAUCAUUGAGACGGCAGCUGCCGCUGCAGCAGCUCCUGCUGCCGACGCCAAGCGGCGUCGAAAGAAAAAGAAGAGAAGAGACACAAAGCAGGAGGAGGAGCAGCCAGAACAAAAAUCAGAAACCGAACCUGAGGCAGUGUCUGUUUCCGAGAAGGCGGAGCCAGUGGACAAAGUGCGCCACGAAUCCAUUGUGGAGAUCAGUGCCGAGAGCGAUCUGUCCAGCAUGGACAUUGACACAGCCCAUGACUCGGUGAAGAUUGUGGAAGAUGCAGUCGUCUCCUCGCCCUCAGAGUCCCCACGUGCGCCCAUCGUAGAGCUGGUGAUACCCACAGAAGUUGUGGAACUGUCAGUCGUUGAGGAUGAGGAACAGCAGACGACACCACGUGCCACAACGCCCGUAGAAGCUACCGCAAAGAUUGAGCAGGACAUCAAGUCCGUGCAGACAUCGCCGCAGCAUCAACCGAAAUUGGAUGAGACGGCAGCGCAGACGAGUCUGGAGAUCCAACCCGAGAACCAGGAGAUGGAGUCGCAGACCCUGAUCAUUGAGAUUGCCGAGACUGAGGCGCAGACAACGCCACGCGGCGAUGAGCGGACCGUGGAGGUAUCCACCACCGAAAUGCAAACGGAAGUCAGUGGCCAGCCAGCGGAGACCGUUGAGAUCUCCAGUCAAACCACUGUGACGACCACCAUUGAAAAGGAGCUGCAGACAACGCCCAGGGAAUCGCCGCGUCAGCGAGAGCCAGGCAGUGAUGAUGUGGUACCGUCACUUGUCCAAGACUUGGUCAAGGAGAUGACCAUCGAUCUGCCAGUGCCCACCGCAGAGCAGUCAACGUUCACCGAGACCACAACGACCACGGAGACGCAUGUGCAGACCACCACGCCCGAACCCACAGAAGUGUUGGCCGUCGCCGUGAAGCCAGACACUGCCCACGAGGCAACGUCAACAACGGAACUGGUGCAGUUUGCCGAUGGUGAGGCACAGACGACAGCACCAAGCCACAGGUGCGAUCAGCAGCAACCCCAGUCAUUGGAUGAGUCCAACUCCAUUUCCAUUUCGGAACCAUACGAACUGGAGGUGAAGACCACGGUGGCGAUACCAGCUGACUCGGAUGCCGGCUCUCUGGCCGAGCCAACGGUCUAUGAGUACACACAGACCAUGGAGCUGCCCAAGCCAGAGAAGCGCACCAAGAAGGAUAAGAAAAAGAAGCAAAAGAAGGAGCAGGAGAGCCGACAGCAGCAGCAAGAAGAACCUCAGAUCAGUGUGACUGUGGAAAUAGCACCCGAACUGCUGUCCGAGUCGGGUAUUGUGGUAUCCACCAAUCAGCAGAUGGAAGAGGUGCCGCAUGUUGCACCAGAAGAGAUCGCAGCACCAGUGGAAGUGGAGCCAGCGAAGCCACCGCAACGAGUUCAGCUGCAGAUCACGACAACGCGGGUGUACGACGAGUAUCCCGAUCUGCCGGUGCACAUUAUCGAGCAGAACAAGAUGAGCAUUGCAGAGCAGAGCAGCCGAACGAGCCGGAGUGGAGCGGGACCCACGUCAUCGGUGACCAUCGAAGAGGUGUCCUCGCCCACAGAAGAACUGGUGGUGGUGCCCAUCACCCCAGGGCCCGACAAUCUCAGCGAGCAGCAGAGUAGCAUUUGGUUCCAGCCAAAGACGUCGCCCUCCCAGGAACUCUCCCAGGCCCUGAUCACGAGCGAGAGCCAGCAGCCGUAUCCCGGACAACAGAAGAGGAAAGCCAACAUCCUGGUGGAAACCAUUGGAGAUCGCAUCAAGCACUUGAAACAGGCGACACCCCAACAACAGCGACAACAGCCGACAGCGACGCCAACGCCACUGAGCAAUGUCCUGCACUUGGCUACGCUUUCGGAGCAGAUCAAGGAGCUGCCCACGGAGCAGCGUCUGCAGGAGGUCAACGAGGGUCUGCAGAAUCUAGAUGCGGCUCUGCACAGCGGCGACAAGACGAUCAUACAGACGACAGUCAUCACGGUAAUCGAAAAGGUAUCCACGUGGCUGGAGACGAUCGAGUAUCGCGUGUAUCUCAUUCGACAGAACUCGAACGAGGGACCCUCCGAGCAGAAGCUGGACAACUACAACCAGCUGAACGAGGAGCUGCACACGAUCAAGCAGAAUGUGAAUCAGCUUGAGAGGCAGCUGUCAAAGACAGAGGAGCCCGAGCUGCAUCAGUGUGUGGACACACUGAAGGAGCAUGUCGAGGCCGUGGAGCAGGUGACGCAACAGAAUCAGGCACAGGACAGCAACGAUCUGGACAAGUGGCACAGCUUUGAGGUGCUGCUGAAUGAUGUGUCCACCGUUUUGGUGCAGCUGCAGCAGCGAUACGAGCUGGUGACCAAUCAGGAUUAUCCGCUGUCUGCCAAACUCUCGCACUUGGAUGAGCUGGAGCAGGAGCAUGAGCAGGCCCAGCAGCAGCUGGGGCAUCUACUGCAGAAUGCACGAGCCUUCCAGCGCGACUUCCCCGGCAAGAAGAUGCCACAGGAUGUGCACAACGCCUUCGAGACGAGCAAGAACAUUGGCAACAACAUCCAGGCCGAGCGAGAGCGUCUGCUCCAGCUGCAAUCGCUGGCGGAGGAGUACGAACAGACCCUCAAGGAGUUCACCAACAUCACGGUGCUCGCCGACAAGCUGGUCGAGUGUCCCAUUGUGUCCAGUUCUCUGGAGCAGCUGAACAACGAAGUACAGAAGCAGCGCAAGUUCUUUGUGAACCUCAGCCACUGCCGCGCCAUGCUGGAAUCGUUGGAGGAGAACAUUGACACGGAGACGCGUGAGAAGCACUCGGACCUGCACAAGGAGCUGUACAACCGAGCCACCCAGCUGCUGGACAAGGCCUCCGAACGCUCCUCGAAGCUGGUGCAGGCCGCCUCCCGCUGGACCGUCCUCGAGAAGGGAAUGCGCGACGAGUUGCAAUGGCUGCAGGUGGCCCAGCAGCGGGUGCCCGAUCUGUCGACUGUGACAUCGGCCGACUACGAUCAGUACACGACGCUCUAUCAGUCCCUGAGCAACGACAUCUCCCAUCAUUAUGUGAAGAUGACGCAGCUCUCGGGCAUAGCCAACAAACUGCAGCAGCUGGUGCAGGCGCCCAAUCUGGUGGAGGAAACCAACGAGGCGCUGAUUGUGCUGCUGAAGCUGCGCGAGGAGGUGGCCCUGUAUCUGCACCGCCUGCUGGUCUUCAAGGAGAUCUGGGUGCAGUACGAGCAGCAGACGGACAAGCUGGAGGCCUUUGUGCGCGAGGCAGAGCAGGAGCUGCGCCACAUACAGAUACCGGCACAGCCCACCCAGCAGCCCAUCGAGCAUAUGCGUCAGUUCUGGGAGAUCAAGGCACGCUUCGAGCUGCACAACAACGUGCGCAACGAGGCCGGGCACAGCUUUGAGAAGUCUCUGCAGGUUAUUCCGCUCGCGGAUGAGAUGCUGCAGCGUCAGUUCCAUGCCCAGCUGGAGGAUCGCUGGCAGGCGGUGGCCCAGGCCAUCGAACAGAUCCAACACAAUAUUGUCGAGUGCCUGUCGUCGGAGGAAAUGCCAGCGGCUGAGAAACUGAAGCUGGUGGAGCGUGAGCUGCAGGAGAUCUAUCUGACGAUGACCAGCAUGAAGGGCGUGAUCAAGAACGAGGAGGAGCUCUGUCUCUACAUCGAGCGCGUCCAGGUGCUGCGCACACGCGUCGGCUUCAUUGGCAACGAACUGGGACGCAUUGGACUGCAAGAGCCGGCGACGAUCGAGCCCGAGAAGAUCGGCGAGCUGUUUGCCUUGUCGCACAAGAUAACCACACAGAUAGCCGAGGAGCUGGAAGGUGCCUCCGUGCUGCGCGAUCAGCUGCAGGCCAUCCAGGAGGGGAUCAGCAACCAGCGCAAGCAUCAGGCCAAGAUCUCUGUCAUUCUGGAUGAGUGCGAGGCGGCCGAGCGCCAGGGUGCCGAUGUCCUCGAGAAGGCCGUCACCGACUGUCAGAAUGUGGGCGAGGAGCUCGUCUCCAGCUGGCAGGAGAUCAUGCGCAUCCGCCAGAUGCUGCACACCCUGCCCAUGCGCCUCAAGAUGUCCGUGUCGCCGGUGAAGCUCGAGCGGGACAUUUCCCAACUGCAAGACGAUCACGCCUUCCUCGAGAGCAAGUGCACCAACAUAAUGGCCAUACUCCGCAAUCGCCUGGCCAUGUGGCUCCGCUACGAACGUCAGCUGGAGCUCGUCCAUGGCUCAGUGCAGGAGACGGACUUUAUGAUGGAACUGAUUCGCGUGCACGGACAAGUGGACUACGAGCGACUGAGGAAAGCCACCGAAAGAUUAGAGGGACUGGCCGGCGAUCUACACAACCGCGAAGAGCUGAUCGAUGAGCUUAAGGGCGCCGCCAAGCCCCUGAUCGAGAGCUGUGAUGUGCAAAUUGUCGAACAGAUCGAAUCGGCUGUGCAGGAUGCGGUAGUUGCCUGGAAUGACACCACCGAGAAUCUGCAGCAGCUCUGCACACGCUACCAGCGAGCCGUUGAACUCUGGGAUAAAUAUCGCAACGCCUCGGCGGCCGUUCAAAGUUCCAUUGACCAGCAAAUGGAUACGGUCAAGUCCUUGGAGCAGCCCUUGGAUGCCCUACAACAUGCCAAGGCCUGUCAAGAUAAUCUGACCACACAGAAUGAUAGACUCUUGGAACUGCGUGAUAUUGUGGCCAAGAUAGCCGCCGAUGUGGGUCUGGAUGCUUCAGCCCUGAUGCAGGGCGAAUUGGAUGCUUUGGGUCAACGUUUGACCGAAUGCAAAGAUGCCAUUACCACAUUGGCCAAUGUGGCCGAAACGCAGGACAAGGAGCGCAAAGAACUGGACAAGGAGGUGACACAGGCCAAGUUUUACUUCAACAAUGUGCAGCAGGACAUAACACGUGAGGCACCGCAAACGCCGAGGGAGAGCGAGGAGCAGUUGGCCGCCCUGCGUGCCCAUCUGCAGACUCUGGCCCGUACGGAGGAGCAGCUGCGACAGCUGCGUGAACGCCAGCAGCAGAGCAAUGAGGUGGCACCCACCAACGGCGCCGAUGACGGUAUUCUGGAGGUGCUGGCCCUGUGGCAGAAGAUAUUCCAGGACACGUUCCAGGAGUACCAUCGCCUGUCGACGCGGCUGGCCCGCAGCCAGAACAGCUCAGAGGCACUGCGCCUGUGGCGUCAGUAUCUGCAGCAUGUCCAGUCCUUCCUCUCCUGUGCCAUACCCGAGGACUACAGCAGUCUCCGGGAGCAGCAGCAGCUGUGCGCCAUCCACCAGAACCUGCUGAUCUCGCAGCAGAGCGUGCUCGCAGAGACGCCCCUCGAGUCGGAGCUCUCGGAGCAGUACAAGGCGCUGACCAAUCUGCACAACGAAACGCUGUCGCGGAUCAUGCAACGCAACGGGGAACUGGAGCGUCGUGUGAGCGGCUGGAACGCCUACCGCCAGCAGCUGGCGGCCCUGCUCGACUGGCUGCGACAGCGCGAGGCGGAGCGCAACAAUCUCCAACUGCGCUACAUCCACCUGAAGCGGGUGCCGCACCUCAAGAGCCGCCUGGACGGUCUGCUCCAGCAGCUGGACCAGGGCGAGCAGCAGAGCAAGUCCCUGCAGGAGCAGCAGCAACAGUUGUCGCGCCACUGCGACGAGGCCCUGUCCACCGCCAUGCGCAUGGAGCAGGCGAGCAUCGGGCAGCGCAUCAACAAUCUGCGCGCCGCCCUCGAGACUUGGCAGGGAUUCCUGCACCGCAUCAGCCAGCUCUCGGAGACCUACGAGCAGCGUGUGCUGCAGCUCCAAAAAGAGUUUGGAGCCGCUCAAAAACUGCUGGACAGCAGCAGCGAAUCCCAGCCCAGCCAACCGGCGGCCAUUGAGCAGCUGCUGCAAGCCCUGCGGGCACAACGCGUCCAGUUGGGCGCACAGGUGCCGGCCCUGGAGAGCCUCACGGUCACCCAGGAGGAGCUGAAGGAGUGCGUCAGUCCGCACGACAUGAAGACCAUCCGUCAGCGCAACUGGCUGCUGUGGCAGCAGCACGCGGACCACGACUACCAGCUGGCGAGCCUCAUCAACAGCAUCGACGAGCGGCUGUCCCUGCAAGCCAACUACCAGAUCCGCUACGGACGCAUCUCCCAGUGGCUGCAACGUCUCGAGCAUCGUGUCGAACGCGAUGCCGAUGUCUCGGCCAUGGCCAAUCCGGAGCAGGCAGCCAAGCAGCUGGAGCAGCAAGUCAAUGCGGAGCUGCAGUUGCGCGACAAGGAGCGCGAAUGGCUGCUGUCCACCAGUCGGGAGCUGCUCUCGCUGUACGCCGAGGAGCCCGAGGUGCGGGCCCAGGUGCAGCAGCAGAGCGAUGCCCUCAUCGAUCGCUGGCAGCGACUCAAGUACCUGUGCAAGCAGCGGGCCACGAAGAUCGGCGAGCUGAAGAUGACGCUGCUGCGGCUGGAGGAGCGGAUAGCCCUCAUCAGGGCCUGGCUCUUCGAGGUGGAGUCGCAGCUGGACAAGCCCCUCAGCUUCGAGAGCUACACCCCGAACGUGAUCGAGGCCAAGCUGAAGGAGCACGAGCAGAUCCAGCGAUCCAUCGAACACCACAGCAGCAAUGUCGGCGAGGUCCUGAAUCUCGUCGAGAUGCUGCUGAACGAUGCCGACAGCUGGCGGACUCAGGUGAACACCUCCGGCCUGGCCUCCUCCGCUCAGAAUCUGGAGCAGCGCUGGAAGAACGUGUGCAGCCAGUCCGCGGAGCGUAAGCAGCGCAUCCUCAGUAUAUGGAACCUCCUGCAGAGCCUGAUCAAACAGACGGCCGAGCACAAGAACUGGCUGGGCAAGCAGGAAACGCAACUGGCGGGCUACGAGCGCGACCACAAGUCCAGCGGCAAACAGAAGCUGGAGGAGCGCCAGAAGGAGCUGCGCUCCAAGCUGGACGAACUGGACAGCCAGUCGGUGAAUCUGCGGCAUCUGGAACAGACCUACGCCAAGCUGACGAUGGGCACUGGUGUGGAGCCCGAGAAUAUACAGAAACUCACGCUGCCCACCAAGGUGAUGCUGAGCAAGUGGCGCCAACUGACGCCACGGUGUCAUGCCCUGCUCGAUGCCAUCGACAAGGAUGCCAAGGUGCUGCGAGAGUUCCAUGCCGCCCAGCAUGAGGCCACUCAAUCCCUGACGGCCAUACAGAAGGCCCUCGAGCAACUGCCCAGCCCGGCGGGCGAGGAUCAGCAGAACGCCAGGGCAGAGCCCAAGGCGGUGCUGCAGCGUUUGGAGAGCCUGGAGCGUAAGCUGCAGGAUGCCCAAAAGCAUGUCCAGCAAGCGGAUGCCUUGGCCCAGGAGGCCAAGACACGAUCCAAGCAGCAGCCGCAGCAGCAGCUGAAGCAGAUGCUCGAACUGAUGACCGUCUACACAACACUCUGGCAAACAGUUCAGACACGAAUCGUCACCCUGAAGACCAGUUGGCUGGCCAGAGCGGCUCAAGGUGCCGCCGUAGCAGUCAGCGAGGCGGCCAAUGCUGCCGUUCAGGUGAACACGCUGUCACAGCGGAAGAUGCGCCAGGCCCAGCAGAUGCAGCGCGAGACCUCCAUCACUGCCAAGGAUGCGUACAUCAUGGAGCUGCAGACGGCCAUUGCCGAGUGCCAGAACAAUCUGGACGAGCUGCAGCGCACCAUUGUGGACAAGACACGCAAGCCGGGCCCCCAGAAGAUAGCCAAGCUGCUGGGCAAUGCCCAGUCUUCGACGGAACUAGUCAAGCAUCUCAGCAAUCUGCUCCUAACCGAAUGCCAGGCCGACAACCAGGCCGCCCAGUCCGAAACCGUCUCAGAGCUCACGUUGCGCUUUGACACACUGCAGUCGCAGUGGAAGGCGCGACAGCAGCACGAUCAGAAUGCAAGCGAGGUCGGCCGUCUAACGUGUCCGCUCUGCACGCAACGCAACUGGCAGCAGAUCGACAACGAUCUGUGGCGCCUGGAGCAGUGGCUGCAGUUCGCCGAGAGCACCCAAAAGGCUCAAUCGGCGCCACCGUCCAACAUUGAACUGCUGGAGGAUGUGACACAGGAUCAUCGCGAGUUCUUGCUGGAUCUGGAGAGUCACAAGUCGAUCAUUUCGUCGCUGAAUGUGGUCGGUGAUCAUCUGGCCACCCAUACCCUGGACACGGAGAAGGCCCGCCAGCUGCGCUCUCGCCUCGAGGCGGAUAAUGAGCGCUGGAAUAAUGUCUGCAUCAAUGCCACCAAAUGGCAGGCUCUUCUCCAGACCGCCCUCAUGGGCAACAGUGAGUUCCAUCAGACCAUCGAUGAGCUGGUCGAUUGGUUGCAGCGUACUGAGCAGAACAUCAAGGCCUCCGAGCCCGUGGAUCUCACCGAGGAGCGUUCGGUCCUUGAGACAAAAUUCAAGAAAUUCAAGGAUCUGCGCGCCGAAUUGGAACGUUGUGAGCCGCGUGUAGUGAGUCUACAGGAUGCUGCCGAUCAGCUACUGCGCUCUGUCGAAGGCUCCGAGGAACAGUCCCAACAUACCUAUGAAAGAACCCUUUCCAGAUUGACCGAUCUCCGUCUGCGUCUGCAAUCCCUGCGUCGUCUCUCCGGCAUCUACAUUGUGAAGCUGGGCGCAGUGCUCGGCUACGAGGGCGACAAUCUUGGUGUGCCGCUGCACAUGUUGUCGAGUGAGCUUUUGGAUAAUACUACAUUAUCAACCUCUUCUAUGCAGGCCGCCGCACCAAACACAGAAAAUGCAAACAACACCGAUGGCGAUGCUGUCGAUGGCGAUGUCAUCAAUACCACGGUUCUGGCGCGCGGUGCUCGCUUCCUAGGCCGCGUUGCCCGUGCCUCCCUGCCCAUACAGGCGCUCAUGCUGUUGCUUUUAGGUGUGGCAACUCUGGUGCCCCACGGUGAGGACUAUACAUGCAUGUUCUCCAACACAUUUGCACGGAGUCUGGAGCCGAUGUUGUCGUAUCCCCAUGGACCGCCGCCAACGUAAACCCCCGAAAACUGUCAAACAAAAAGUAAAAAUCCAAAUCAAAAAUCAAAACCAAAACCAAAGCUGUCGAGUUGAAAUUGGAUUAGUGCAAGAAACAAGAAAAUAUUCUUAAAAUAUAUAACAGAUUAACCCCUUAAAUAACCAAAACCCAUUCAGACUAUAGCAGGACAAAAAUGCCUUUUAUAAGAAAUUUCCUGUUUGAAAAUAUUUGGAAUUAUGUAAAUUUCACCUUUUGACCGUUUAAUAUGUUUAUGUAGCUAGAGGCAUUCAAUUAAAAUUAAAAUACAAAUCUGUAUCUGUAUUGUACAUAAUGAUUAAAACAGACCUAAUCUCGUAUAACCCCAAAAACAAAACCCUAGACUCGACGAGCAUAAAGAAACACAACAAGUGAAUGAACGAGAAACUAUAUUCAAACUAACGACAAAGUAACGAAACACUUUUGUAAAACGAUAUAUACAUUAUACAUACAUAUAUAUUUGCACAGCAAACAAUUUAUAUAUUCAUAUAUAUAUGAACCCAGAACUAUAGAGUACCCCCAACAUUUUGUAUAUAAAAUAACUAAGCUAAAACGAAAUCAAAAUACGCACACGAAAAUUUUACUCAUAAGCGCACGCUCCCCUUAUCAUCUAAAGAGCAAUUCCAGCAGCAGCGGAUUGUGAACACGGUCUUGCAAAUCUCGUGGAACAUUUUUGCAUUACCACAUGGCCACAAGCCGCUGCUGUUGCCAUCAAUCGGCUACGAAACUUAACAAAACAAAAAAAAACCCAA